AUGGUGGACGCCGCCGUGGCCGCCGAGCGGGACGCCUUCGAGAGGGGGCAGGUACCCUCCCGUGGGGCAGGGCGGGCGGGUCGGUGGGCGGAGAGGGGCAGCGGAGCCAGAGGGGCUGUGGUCGCCGCCGCCGACCCAAGGAGCUCCCCUGGCGAAUACCCUUCUCAGGCUCAAUCCUUUAUGUUGCUGGUAUUUGUAUUGGCCGCCGCCCCUUUUUAUUAUUUUAUUUUAUUUCUGCUUGCCGAGGUGACUCGAAGCUUAAAACUUUUAACGCUGGAACUGGUGGGCAACCAGUGAAGCUGAAAUGUGUGGAGGAUUCGGGGCAGAGAAAAGUCAUUUCCACAGUGCCGCGUUAAACUCUGGAACUCUCUCCCACAGGAGGCAGUUGACUGGCCAGCUUUAAAAAGAAGUUCGGGCAAGUUCAUGGAAGAAAGGUCUUGCCAAAGGCUACUAGCCACAAUGCCCAGGCUCUGCCUCCACUGCAGAAGCAGUAGUUGUUAUUAUAGUUACGGGUAUUAGCUGCUUUUCCUUUUACCAAAGUAACACAAAGUGACCUUCAGUUUUUUUAUUUUUGUUAUUACCUGCACUCCUCCACACCCAAAGGUCCCAGUGCGGGUUACAGCAAUUGAAAUGCAUUCCUAAAAACUGUUUAAAAGAAGUUAAAAUUACAGCAGUUGGGUAGGUCCUUAAAAUAUACGCCUUAAGUGUCAGAAGCUGGGACAAAGAGGUGCAAAUUCGGCAUCCUCUAGAAUUUAUGUAAUGAACAUAUAAACAAACAAACAAACAUAUGCAUUAGAACCAGCAUAAAAUAAAAUAAAAACAACCCAUAUAUAUAUAUAUAUAACAUGACUUCAUACACACUUACUUCCCCCUCCCCGUAAGUGCUGUUGGAAAGCAAAUAAAUAAUCAGGCAUGUAGAUCUUUUUAAUAGUCAUAGUAGGAAAAAGAAAUGGAACAGUAACCCUAAUCCACCCAUUAAGAACACACGUACAAAAAAUCCAAACUAAAACUGAUAGCAGAAUAAAAAGGGUAGAGGAGGAAGUAAGCUCUAACAAUACCUUAAGCAGGAACAAAUUCAAAAGCUUGUUUAUAUAUAUAUAUUAAAAAGGAAGUUUUUGAGUGCUGUUGGAAUGCAAAGAAAAAGGAAGGUGGCCUAGCCACAAAAAAAGUUGUCACGUUCAGUGUUUACAAUAUCACAAUCUUGCACUUGAACCCCCUUGUAAUUGAACAAAGUAAAAACAUAACAAAAUCCAGAUCAUCCAUCAGCCUUGACUUCCGACAGUAAUUUUUUUUUGCAUAUGUGAUCAUCAUUGGGGGGAGAGGGCUCAGCCCCCUGUCUAAGAGCCCUGCAACUGGAUCAGACCAAAGGGUCUAGUCCAGCAUCCUGUUCUCACAGAGGCGAACCAAUGCGAAGCCCACAAGCAGGAACUGAGUGUAACAACACUUUCCUCACUUCUGAAUCACAGCAACUAGCAUUCAGAAGCAUAUUGGUAGUUUCCUUUAGCAGAGAUAGAAAAUAGCCGUUGUUGCCAGUAGCUGUGGAUAGGCUUCCUUUCCUUGAACAUAUCUAAUCCUCUUUUUAAAAGUCAUCCAAGUGGGUGGCUAUCGCUGUGUCUUGUGGGAGCAAAUUCCAUAAAGAUGUUUUUACUCCUCUGCAAACAACCACAGAGAUCCCAUGAUGGACCACACCAAGUGCAGCACACAUCAUCCCUGUCCUCUGGCUAUGCUGCCUGGGCUAAUGGUGGUUAGGAGUUGGCUGGAAUAUCCAACAUUUUUCAUUUAAAACUUUCAGUUAAAACUAUAGGUGUGUCCAUAAGGAAGAAAAUGUUCCUUCAGGUAAUUUGGUCCCAAACCAUUGGGACCUGAAUUGUGAAACCAGUACUUUAUAUGGAGCCCUGAAAUCACUAUAGACCAGUAUGGGCAUUUAAAAUCCAAUGCUUAUACAGUGGUACCUCGGGUUAAGUACUUAAUUCGUUCCGGAGGUCCGUUCUUAACCUGAAACUGUUCUUAACCUGAAGCACCACUUUAGCGAAUGGGGCCUCCUGCUGCUGCCGCGCCACCGGAGCACGAUUUCUGUUCUCAUCCUGAAGCAAAGUUCUUAACCUGAAGCACUAUUUCUGGGUUAGCGGAGUCUGUAACCUGAAGCGUAUGUAACCUGAAGCAUAUGUAACCCGAGGUACCACUGUACAGUAUAAUUACACUAACAGCUUUCUGACAGAGAUUUGGCUGUGCUGUAUAACAAACCAAUAGGAGUUCAGAAUGUCACUUGCUCUCUACUUCUCUAGGUUGUGGAGGGGUACCGUGCAUUGUUUCUUGGUUUGGCAGAGAGCUGGGAGCAGUUCUUUGCUGGGUCAAUUGGGCUCUCAUGACAUGGCAAAGUGAACCAGAGGCUAAUCAGUUCCCUUGUAGCUGCAUCUUGCAGCUGCUGUUGCACUAAGAAUGAUCUGUUUUACUACACGUUUGCCCUGAGCAGCCUAAUCUGAACAAGAUAAGAUAAGAAUCGAAUGUAAAUAAAUAAAUAAACACAAAACCAAAAGGAGAAGAGAAAGGGAUAGAAGGGUAAUUCAUUUAUAUGGAGACAUGUCCUUUCAGCAAAACCGUAAGGCACCCUGUGAUACUUGAACUCAACACUAUCUGUCUGAAUAGAUUAUACAAGCAUCUAAAUUGCAAUGUGUUCCCCAUUUAACUUGAAAUUAUCCAGUAUGUGAGUUUAGCGCUCUUAAAAUUCAAACAGGCUGCCCCCCCCAAAGGAGGCAAUACUAGCAGGAAUCAAAUUUUCUUCUGAGCAAUAAGCUGUUCUGAUAUUGAUUUGCUUUGUUAGAUUAUUUGGGUUUGCUUUGCAAAAUGAUACCAUAAAUGUUAAAUGGAGUGCAAACAAAGAGUCUUGUGAUGACCUGGAAGAAGUGUUCUGGAUGUGAGGUGGCAGGGUUGGAUAGGGUUUUUUAAAUUCCUAGAUAACAUGAUCAAACUUCUACAAGGCUGUAAUGGUUCUAGGGGUUGCUCGUGCGUAAGCCGGUGCAAACACCUGGCUGGGUUGCCUGAGUGAACCUUUUCUGUCCGGACAGCCACUCACCCGUGGCUGUCUCAAUCGCUGGCAGAAUCCAUCAGUGGGCGUUUCUUAAACUUCUUCCAGCAAAGAAGCUCUUUGACGCCUAGUCUCCUCCUACUCUCUCUGCGCGAAAGCCUUCUGCGCAAGGAGGCGUAGGCAGCGGAGGACCCUACUCUCCCGCUGGUCCCCGGCAAGGAGUCAUGGGACUGCCUUGCCGCUUCCCCCAUCUGCUCCCCUUCUCCACUGGUGCUACGCUGAUUCUCUUCCCCAGAAGAUGGGCUGCCUCUCCCAAUCCCGGGACGCUCUCUGGAAUCCCUUUGGAUUUUGCUCUCUCCCUCCGGCACUGAUGGCAGUUCCCUGACAAAGGCAUAUCAAGUUGUCUGCUCUUUUAAGCUGCGUCAGUCUCAGCUCUGUAGAUGAAGGUGUGAAAUGGAAGUGAAAAGCUUGACAGAACAAAUAGCUUGACUACUGUGAAAACAGGAUGCUGCACUAGCUGGGCCACUGGCCUAAAUCAGCUGCAGGGCUAUUCUUAGGUUCAGGAAGAGAAGCCUGGGUGCUGAAAUACGGUACUUACUGUUGUGCUGUUUGGAUAUCUCAGGGAGAGAGCCCUCCCAACAUAAGGAAGGGAUGGACAUGGGUACUGUAUCUUAUUAAAUUAAUGUUCUCAUUGUAAAACACAGCAGCCCAGGGAAAUAGAAACUGCAGCUCUAUCUGUGUGUUCACUUUGUACUUAACCUCAAAGAGUAUCUGGAGUUACGGUGAGAACACAUGUUGGGCUAGAUGAGCAUUUAGUCUGAUCCAGCAAGGAUCUUACUUUUCUGCAGGAGCAGGGGACAAAUCUGGGUGACUUUUUGUUUGUGAUACGGCUCGUUUUCCUGAGCAUUUUGGUGUAUGAUAUGCUUUUGUUGCAAUAUGUUUUUUUGUUUUUUUUAUAAAUAAUUUUUAUUUAAGUUUUAAACAACGAAGAAAGAAAAAAAAGAACAUACACAAUACAUAUCUCGGGGGGAAAAAGAAUUUUUUUUUAAAAAAGUGAUUACAAAAACACAAUUCAACAAUAAAAAACAAAAAACAUAACCAUUAAAAACAAUAUCUCUUUUCCAUUUCCGUUUUUUUAAUUUACUUAUUUUCUGGACUUCCUCAUACCUCCCUCUUUUGUAUUCCAAUCCAAAUCGUUUGUCCAGCAAUUUCUUUUCAACUUUUUUAAUCCCAAUCUUUAACUUUAAUAUAAUAUUGUAAUAUAUAACUUCAACUUCUUUAAACCUGAUCUUUAAUCUUAGUAUAAUAUAAUAUAACCUUAAAAUUUUCCCUCUUAAUUGUCAAAUUUCCAUUUCUUUAAACAUCUUUAAUCCUAAUCUUAAUCUUAGUCUAUCAUCAACUUUAACCUGUACAGCUGGAAACCGCUUAUUCUCAGUCCAACAUCACUCUAACAUUCUUUAAUUUUGCAAUGUUUCUGAAGAUAGUUGUGAUGGGAUUAUGAGCUGCUUGUGCGUAAAAUCGUAUUCCCUCAGAGUUUGUUCAAGUCCACAAACCUCUGUCUGUGACUGAGCCCCUCUGACAUGGCUCCUCUUAGUCACUAGAAGAUUCCGACAGUGGUUGCUUUCGUAAUCGCUUCCAACAUAAAAGCUCCUUAACGGAAACACGUCUUCUGGACUCUCUGCGUGACAGUUUCCGGCGGAGUGGGUGUCGCUACAGGAGGUCCGGAAACCUCACCACUGUUUUCGCUGGAAGUAUCUCUGAGCCAUCCCCCAGCUCCCUUUCCCUCAGUUCAGCUUGUCUCCCCUGCUGGUUUCCUCUUCCGCUGCUGAGUCUCUUCCAACCUGUCUGAGCCCUUUCACCUCCCUCAGUUCAGCUUCUCUCCCCUUGCUGGUUCCCUCUUCAGCUGCUGAAUCUCUUCCAACCUGUCUGAGUCCUUUCACCUCCCUUCCUUCCGAUGGCAGUUCCCUGACAUCCACCUCCCCUCCAGGGCCCCCUUCACCCCCUCUCGCCCCCUCCUCUACGGGCGGUGAGGAGGCAAACCUGGAAUGAACUUCCUUCAUCUUCCGAUGUCUCGAACACUUCUCUCCACCUGUUGCGGUUCCUGGUCUCGAAGCACUCCUCCUCCUCCGAGUCCAUCUCCCCUUCCCCUUCCGAUUCUGGGAAUCCUUCCAACUCCUCCUCCUCCUCAGUGGUCCCAAAGUAUUCCCUCCGGAACCUCUCCACAGGCUGAGGUUUCCGCGGGAACCUUUGAUGGAACAUUUCUAUCAAUACCUCGUCAUUGAUAUCUUUGGCCAUUACCCACGUGUUUUCUGACUCCGGUUCUCCUUCCCACGCUACCAAAUACUCCACCUGAUUCCCCUUCCACCUGGCAUCAAGGAUUUCUGCCACAUGACUGCUGCAUUCUCUUUCUUCUAUGACCGGUCCCGAGUGUCCAUCCCUUCUCGUCCCCCCUCGUACGGUGACAGUAACGACCUGUGAAAUACUGGGUGCAGUUUCAUGUGGUUGGGUAACCGGAGCCUGAAAGCCACUGGGUUGACCUGUUGAAUGACCUCAAAGGGACCCAACCUCCUGGGUCGUAAUUUCUUACAACCUCCUUUGAGCGGCAGCCCUCGGGUUGACAGCCACACCCUAUCUCCAACCCUUAUGGUUUCACCUUCCCUUCGGUUCUUGUCUGCCUGCCUCUUGUAUUCUUCCUUCGCCCUUUCUAAGUUGAGUUGGAGCUGACGGUGGAUUGCUUCCAUUUCUUCUACAAAAUGCUCGGCUGCCGGUUCGCUCCAUCUCUCCCCUUCUCCCCCUGGGAAAGCCCUGGGAUGACACCCAUAAUUAGCCAAGAAGGGGCUCAUCCCUGUGGACACAUUCUCGGCAUUGUUGUAGGCAAAUUCCGCCAGCGCCAACUUUUCUACCCAGUCAUUCUCUCUGUCAUUGACAUAACACCUCAGGUAUUGCUGGAGGACACCGUUUGCUCUUUCCGCCUGCCCGUUGGUUUCAGGGUGCCGGGCAGUCGAAAAGUUGACCUCCACCUGCAGUAAGCUCAUGAGCUUCCUCCAGAACCUGGAAGUAAAUUGUUUUCCUCGGUCUGAGACCACCCUCAAUGGCACCCCGUGCAACCUAAAAAUGUGUUCUACAAAUAACUUCGCUGUCUCUUCCGCCGUGACUGCAUGCGAGCAAGCUACAAAGUGGCACAUCUUUGUUAGUAGGUCUACCACCACCAUGAUGGCUGUUUUCCCUUUGGACUUCGGCAGAUCAGUCAUAAAAUCUAUCGACACUGCCUCCCAAGGUCGUUCUGGUGUUGGUAAGGGUUCUAAUAGCCCCGCCGGCGCCCGCCUUUCCCCUUUGGCUCGCUGGCACUGCUCGCACCCUCUUACAUACUCACGUACAUCCUCCCUCACCUUAGGCCACCAAAAUUCCCUGGUGACCAACCACAUGGUUUUGUGUUGCCCAAAAUGCCCCGCCGUGGGGCUGUCAUGCAACUGCUUGAGUACCCUCCCCCUUAAGUCUCCUUCAGGGAUAUACAGUGCCCCUUUGUAAUACAAAGCUCCAUUUCUUUCCUCGAAACCCCUUGAUUCCUCUCCCUCAUCCCUAAGACCUCUGAGCUUAUUCUGGGCGUAUUCAUCAUUCUCUGUUUCUUCUACCAGUUCUCUUUGUCCCACCAAUGCCGCCCCACACACCCAGCGGUCCUCUGGAAUGACAUGUCUCUCUUCGGGUGCUCCCUCCCCCUCCCAAUAUUCAGGUUUGCGUGAGAGAGCGUCCGCCCUAAUGUUCUCUGGGCCUGGCACGUAACAAAUCUCAAAGUUAAAUUUGGAGAAUUCCUGGGCCCAUCUCACUUGCCGUUGGUUGAGCACUCGUGCCGUCCUCCAAUACUCUAGGUUCUUGUGGUCAGUGCACACUUGCACCUUAUGUUGUGCGCCAAUUAGCAGGUGCCUCCAUCUCCGGAACGCCUCAUGAAUGGCUAGUAGUUCUCGGUCAUACACCGUGUAGUUCCUCUCGGAUUUGUUCAGCUUUCGCGAAAAAAAGCACACGGUCUCCACUCUGACUCCUCCUUCCCUGGCUGGAGAAGCACCGCCCCAACCGCUCUGUCUGAUGCGUCAGUUUCCACUCUCAUCGGUUUUUGUAAAUCCACAUGCAGGAGCUGUUGUUCCGAGGCGAAGGCCCUUUUUAGUUCCUCAAAUGCUUGCUCCGCCUCCUCCGUCCAAACGAACUUCUUCUUACUGCUGAGACAGUCCGUAAUGGGCGCCGUCAGGUGGGCAAAGUUUGGGAUGAACUUACGAUAGAAGUUCCCAAACCCUAAAAACCUCUGCACAUCCUUCCUUGUUUUGGGUGUUUUCCAUUCCAGUACCGCCUGGACCUUGCCGGGAUCCAUGGCCACCCCCUUGUCAGACAGGCGAUACCCCAGGAAUUCCACCUCCUUGGUAUGAAACUGACACUUCUCCAGUUUCACCCACAGCUGGUUGGCUUGCAGCCUGCUCAACACUUCUCUGACGUCUCUCACAUGCUGCUCCUCAUUCUCAGAAUACACCAACACGUCGUCUAAGAAGGCCACACAAUUCUUGUAAAGCAACGGCCCCAGGACGUGGUUCAUAAACGAUUGAAAUGUUGCGGAGCCUGCUUGUAGACCGAAGGGCAUAACUAAGUAUUCAAAUGCCCCUAAAGGGGUGAACAUGGUGGUUUUCCAUUCAUCCCCCUUCCUUAUUCGUAUCAGGUUGUACGCCCCCUUAGAUCCAGCUUGGUGAAAAUCUUUCCCUUUCGCACCCUUGUCAAAAUGUCGUCAAUCCUGGGCAUCGGGAAGGCCACUGGUUCUGACACUGCAUUUAAGGCCCUGAAGUCACACACCAGUCUCGGCUUGUUCGUGUUUUUUGUCCACAAAAACACUGGGCUGCCCCACCGCCCUGGACUCUCUGAUGAACCCUCUCUUCAGGUUCUUGUCAAUGAACUCUCUUAGCUCCUGCAUCUCUCUGUCUGACAUGGCGUACAGCUUGCCCACAGGGAGCUGUGCCCCAGGGAGCAAAUUGAUUUGACAGUCAAAGGCUCUAUGCGGUGGUAGUUGGUCAGCUUCCCUUUCGCUGAAGACGUCGCGGAGAUCUGCGUAUUGUCGUGGUACCUUCACGUUCUCCUUCACUUCAGUCCCUGCUAGGGUGGCUUGGGCCCCUGCCAAAACCUUUCCCUCUUUGCAAUGUUCUAAGCAAUGUGCUGACCCAAAAGAAACCACUCUCUGAUGCCAGCCCACCAGCGGAUCAUGUAACGCUAGCCAGCUCAUCCCCAAUAUAAUGGGAGCUCCUCCCAAGGUGGCCACAUUAAAAGCUAUCAGUUCAGUGUGCCUUGCCACCUUCAUUAUCAUUGGGACGGUCUGCAAGCUGACUUCUCCUCCCAACAGCUCCCUGCCAUCGAUCGUGGUUACCUGCAGGGGGUUGCUUAAAGGGGCGUCUGUAUCUGGUGUUCAGCUGCAAACUCUUUGCUCAUGAAAUUGCAGGAGCUGCCUGAGUCCAACAGCGCCUUUAUCUUUAGAGGGUGUCCGUUUGGGAGCUCUAGUGUCACUUCUAUCACUAGGGCGGGUUUAGGAGGUUCUGGAGUGGGCACUUUCACUGCUCUUUGGCCUGGCUGCUGUGCCCCGACAAUGGCAGCCAGGCGUUGGCUUUUAGUUGCUCCGGUAUUUUUUCCUCUCUUCCCUCCACAGCUCCCACCAUCCCUUGCCAUUCCUUCCUCUGAGGGCAGACUCUGGCAAAGUGCCCUGGCUGUUGGCAGAGAUAGCAUUUCCGGGCGCCUUUUCCAUCCUUCUUUCCCCCCUCACUGGGCUUUGAAACUGCGCGCGCGCGCGCUGUUCCGAUUUCCAUCGGCUCUGCCGGCGGGACAGUUGGCUCUGGAAUGUCUGGAAUGCGGAACUCCUUCCAACGUUCCCCUUUCCCUUCCCGCCUCUCCAAUGCUCUCGCCUCCUGGCGCGCUCCUAUGGCCAGCGCUGAUUUGGUCAGCUGGUCCAUAGACUCCGCCCUGGGCGCCCGGGAAAGUUCAUCUUUCACAGCCGAAGAAAGCCCUUCUUCAAAGAGCAUUUGAAUGGGUUCCGCCGAUAAGUCCCACCCCAAUCUGUGUAUCAGCAUGGUGAACUCAGUCCAGUACUCACGUACAGAUCGGCUCCCCUGUUUGCAAGCCAUUAACUGUCUGCGCACCACUCCCUUUUCAAUAUCGCUGGAAAACAUCAGAUCCAUGGCGCGAAAGAACUUCAUCGUGUCUUUUAAGACGUCACUAUUCGCUGCCAUCAGGGGUCUAACCCAGUCUCUCGCCCCCUUUUCAAGAUGCCCAAUCACAAAAGCCACUCGUGAUUCCUCAUCAGGAAAUCAUCAAACUGCAGAUUGAGGGCAUAUUGCAUUUCUGUCCGAAAGCUAUGAUAGUCUUUGGGCUCCCCCAAAUUUUGCACCAAUCCUGGUACCUUUCUGGCGAGCUGGGUGGCUUUCUCCCUUUGUCUGCAUCUUGAGCCCUCCUCUCCUCCAGCCUCGCCGUCUGCAGCGCCAGCUGGACCUCUAACACCCGGUACCUUUCUUCCAGGCUUGGACCCGCUCCAGCCCCUGCUUCUCCGGUUCCUGCUGGGUUGCUCAUUAUUAUGCCGUCUCCUGCACAAGCUGCGUUCAAAGACUGUCGGAAUGCUGUGAUGGGAUUAUGAGCUGCUUGUGCGUAAAAUCGUAUUCCCUCAGAGUUUGUUCAAGUCCACAAACCUCUGUCUGUGACUGAGCCCCUCUGACAUGGCUCCUCUUAGUCACUAGAAGAUUCCGACAGUGGUUGCUUUCGUAAUCGCUUCCAACAUAAAAGCUCCUUAACGGAAACACGUCUUCUGGACUCUCUGCGUGACAGUUUCCGGCGAGGAGUGGGUGUCGCUACAGGAGGUCCGGAACCCUCACCACUGUUUUCGCUGGAAGUAUCUCUGAGCCAUCCCCCCAGCUCCCUUUCCCUCAGUUCAGCUUGUCUCCCCCUGCUGGUUUCCUCUUCCGCUGCUGAGUCUCUUCCAACCUGUCUGAGCCCUUUCACCUCCCUCAGUUCAGCUUCUCUCCCCUUGCUGGUUCCCUCUUCAGCUGCUGAAUCUCUUCCAACCUGUCUGAGUCCUUUCACCUCCCUUCCUUCCGAUGGCAGUUCCCUGACAAUAGUCUUUGAAUUUCUUCCAAUCUUCCUCCACCGACUCUUCUCCCUGGUCACGGAUUCUACCAGUCAUUUCCGCCAGUUCCAUAUAGUCCAUAAGUUUCAUCUGCCAUUCCUCCAGCGUGGGAAGUUCUUGUGUCUUCCAAUGUUUUGCGAUGAGUAUUCUUGCUGCUGUUGUUGCGUACAUAAAGAAAGUUCUAUCCUUUUUUAGCACCAUUUGGCCGACUAUGCCCAGGAGAAAGGCCUCUGGUUUCUUAGGAAAGGUAUACUUAAAUACCUUUUUUAAUUCAUUAUAUAUCAUUUCCCAGAAAGCCUUAAUCUUUGGGCACGUCCACCAAAGGUGAAAAAAUGUACAUUCAGUUUCUUUACAUUUCCAACAUUUGUUAUUGGGCAAGUGAUAAAUUUUUGCAAGCUUGACUGGGGUUAUGUACCACCUGUAUAUCAUUUUCAUAAUAUUCUCUCUUAAGGCAUUACAUGCCGUAAAUUUCAUACCUGUGGUCCACAACUGUUCCCAGUCAGCAAACAUAAUGUUAUGUCCAACAUCCUGUGCCCAUUUAAUCAUAGCCGAUUUUACCGUUUCAUCCUGAGUAUUCCAUUUCAGCAGCAAGUUAUACAUUCUUGACAAAUUCUUAGUUUUGGGUUCUAACAGUUCUGUUUCUAAUUUUGAUCUUUCCACCUGGAAGCCAAUUUUUCUGUCCAAUUUAAAUGCCUCCAUUAUCUGAUAAUAAUGAAGCCAGUCUCGCACUUGGUUUUUUAGUUUCUCAAAACUCUGCAAUUUCAGUCUAUCUCCGUCUUGUUCCAAAAUUUCCCAAUAUUUCGGCCAUUUGACCUCCAUAUUGACCUUUUCAAGGCUUUCGCUUCCAUUGGUGACAGCCACCUUGGGGUUUUGUUUUCGAGCAAAUCCUUAUAUCUUAUCCAAACAUUAAAUAGCGCUUUCCUGACAAGGUGGUUUCUAAAUGCUUUAUGUGCCUUGACCUUAUCGUACCACAAAUAUGCAUGCCAUCCAAAUACAUUAUUAAAACCUUCCAAGUCCAAAAUGUCAGUGUUUUCAAGAAGUAGCCAUUCUUUCAACCAGCAAAAAGCUGCUGAUUCAUAGUAAAGUUUAAGGUCUGGCAGGGCAAAUCCACCUCUUUCCUUUGCAUCCGUUAGUAUUUUAAAUUUUAUUCUGGGCUUCUUGCCCUGCCAGCCAAAUUUAGAAAUAUCUUUCUGCCACCUCUUGAAACAAUCCAUUUUGUCCACAAUCUGCAAAGUUUGGAACAAAAACAACAUUCUAGGCAAUACAUUCAUUUUUAUCGCAGCAAUACGGCCUAGCAGUGAAAGCUUCAAAUUUGACCAAAUUUCUAAAUCUUUUUUCACUUCGGACCAACAUUUUUCAUAGUUAUCUUUAAAUAGAUUCCCAUUUUUUGCUGUCAUGUUAAUCCCCAGGUAUUUAACUUUCUUAACCACUGUUAAACCUGUCUCAUUCUGAAACCUCUCUCUUUCAAACAGUGUUAGAUUUUUCUCUAAAACCUUGGUUUUUGACUUGUUCAAUUUAAAUCCUGCCACUUGACCAAAUUCCUGAAUCAGUUCUAAAACCCUUUUAGUACUAGAUUCUGGCUCCUGUAACGUCAAUACUAAGUCAUCUGCAAACGCUCUCAAUUUGUACUGUUUCAUUCCGACCUGUAUACCUUUAACCGACUGGUCCCUUCUAAUCAUAUUCAGCAAAACCUCCAGAACCGAAAUAAAAAGAAGUGGGGAAAUAGGGCAACCUUGUCGUGUCCCUUUUUCAAUUUUUAGUUCUUCCGUCACAACAUUAUUUACAAUUAAUUUAGCUUUUUGUUGCAAUAUGUUUGAGGUUAAACAUUUCUGAGCCAUCUUGACUAGUCCAAAAAAAGAAAGAAAGAAAAGGGGAAGACUUUUUAGGGCUUCCUAGCAAAAGAAAGAAAACACAUUUAAAACCCUUGCUUUCUGGCCUCCUACAAGGAUGAAAAGAAAGGAAAUUCACAGUAAGUCCAACUUCCCAUUUAUACAGUCUGGGGAUUUGACAUUUUCCACAAGGGAAGUGCAUAUAUUUGUUGCAUUGCUUAUUGCACUUUGCUUUAUCUCUUUAUUUAGUGUUCUGUGUCAGCAGCAGGCAAAUGCUUACAGAGCAAAUAAAUAAUGGUUGUGGGGAGGUAGAUAAAGGAAGACCAGCUUCAGUCCACAGAUGGCCUCCAGCUAAAGGUGACAAACUAACAGAGACUAGAGAGAAGACAGCAGCUAGGCAGAAAAUUGAAAGUGACCUUGCUGCUUGCUUCCCAGUGGAAAGUGAAAGGUUAUUAGGCUGUGGUGUGAAGGUGAGGGAAAGGGCUUUGUGUAGUUGCUAUUCUUUUCCUUCCUUUAGGUAAGAGAGUAUUUGGAGUUAUCUCCUGAAAAGACUAUAAUAGUUAUGAAAUCCAUAUUGCCCUUUUUCACACAGAUCUCUUCUCCCCCCGCCCCCUCCAAUUCUGGGUGAUAUGCCAAGUUCUAAUGGGCUUUCUGUUAAAUGAAAGAGGCUCAGCCAAAAGAGAGUUGCAACUGUGUGGCUUGCUUUUCUUCCUUUGCACAGCUUCAGAUUCCAUCUUCAGCUAUCACGUGGAGGAAAUCAGCUACGGAAAACUGCAGAAACUGUCUGCCUUCCUAGAAAUUAGUACAAACACUGCACCUGCAAAUAAGAGGCUGACCAAAGUUAUUGUAAGGUGUAUCAGUAGGUUCUUGGUCGUUUGCGGUUUCUUCAUUUUCUGUUUUCUGACACUUGGUUCCUAUAGCUAGACAGCAGUAUAUUUAGAAUACUGAGUGCAGUGAUGACUGGGAAAGAGAGUUAGCUGGAAGUCCCACAUAUUCAAGGCACGUGCCCUGCAGCACGUGAUUAACCCUGACACCUGCAAAACAUUCUCCUUUUUUACGAGGGUGCCUGCCAAUUGGUAGAUGUAGAUAGACCAUGCAGCCCUUGGAAGGUUAAAUAACAGGCAGGGCAAAGUGCCCAGCUUGGCUUCUGUGUCCUGAUUUUGUCCAGCUCACCUACCACAUCUGCCCAUAGGAAGCAAUGAGUAGUGCAAUGCGGGUGAACCAGUGAAUGAUCCAUGCCAUGGGACAACUGAAUUUCUACCUAGCAUGGCAGGAACUGUAUAUGAAACGCUGAGGAUGAGAAACAAGGUGACAGGAAGAUGGAACAGGAUUGCAAAGGACAUGUGGGGAUGGGGGUAGAUGCAAAGCACAAGCAGUGAGGAGACUCCCUAAAUGCUAGGAAAUCUGUUCACCAGUGAGAAUGGAUAAAUGCACCCGGGAGACCAGUGCUUAGACAUACAAAGGCAGAUGUGGCAUUUAUCCAGAAAAUGUCACAUUAGCUUAUCUGAAACUCCCUGUUUCAGGUGUAAAAGCAUUGCAUGCCCCUUCCUAUCCAGCUAACGAAAGGACUUGAUGAAAUAUUAAAUACUGUUCUCUUGCAGGAAACACAUGGCAUAUAGAAGGAAAGAGCCAAUUGUGCACACAUGUGAACUAAAAGACCCAUGAGUAACCUGCUUCUUCAUUGUCUGAAUACACUGCUUUGAAACUUUGAUGAUUAAGCUGUUAAAAAAUAGCUGCAAGAAAUAAACAAGACUUUUAUAUUAUUAAGAAAUUUGUAUACCACCCUUUGCCAAAAGGUCACAGGGUAGUUUUCAACCUAAUAACACAAGAACUUCAAAUAAUUAUUUAAAUAAAACUCAUAAUAAAAACAGCAGUGGCAUGUUUUUGACCGCCACUGCUCCCCUCACCCAAAAGCCUGCUAGGAAAGUAGGCCAUGGUAAUGGUGGUGGUGGCACACCUAACAGGCAUUUGCAUCACCAUCACUCUGACUAAAACGUGUAACAAGACAUGGGUUAUGGCAAGUUUGGCUCUUCUGGAAAUGGGCAGAAAAUGGACUGGUCUUGAGCAGUGGCUGUUGAUUCCAAGUAACUCAGGUGAAGGGAACUUAAAGCAGAUUUGCUCAGUGUGCCCUACAGUUGACAUACUGUUGUGUGGCUUCUGUCACUCAGACUUUACCAAGGCAAGGCAACUCUCUUAGGAAUAGUCUGGCAAUUGGAAUGUUGUUGCUGGGGAUGCUUGUGCUGCUUUUGUGUAUAUCUGGCUGCCCAGAUGUAGCGUCCUUGCUGAAGGUAGUGUAUAAUAAACCCCUGAGCGGGCAGGCAUAUAGAGUCCCCAUCCACAAACUGACACUUGUCAUAUGAGGGAUAAUUGGUAGGGGAAAGGCUUGAGGACAAGGUGGCUUGCUUGUGGAUGCUUGAGGCACAUCAUUUCAUGCUGACCCCUGGGAAACCUGGAAAGGUGAUGGAAAACUGGUUCUCUUUAGAAGGUGCUAUAAUGUAUAUUUUUAAAAGAAGAAGAAGAAGUUGUUUGCCAGUAUUUGAAGAGAUGUACUAGGAAAAGGAAAGGAUUUCAGAUACAAAUGGAAAUUAAAAGCACAGCAAGUUCUUGGGCCUCGUAUCUGUUUUAAGUCAUUCUGCAAAGACCAUAGCACUUGUGUGGUCUCAGUAUGGGGUGGGACAAACACUAUAUGGAAGAAGGAAAAGCCCACACAUACAGACAAGGCAAACUGAACGAAGGAAUCUUUCCUGCCCUGUUGUAUCACAAUAGAAAUCAAAACGCUUAAGUACCGUAAGUUUGCUUUCCACAGGUAACAUGCGCAAAGUUGAAUGGUAGUGGGAAAUGUUCAUUUUCCUUCAGACACAGUGCAUUGUAUCAAACAAAAUUCUACUCUGAGUAGGUCUAAUUUAGUGGACCAAAUUUAGUCAUGUCCAUUCAUUUCAGUGGGUCUUAGAACUUAGUUGGCUACACCCAAUAUAUGCUUCUCAUAAUGUCCUGGAGAGCUGGUUGUUCGUUGCUUCUUAUUUGCUCUUAUGCGCAUUAUUCCUGGCUCGUGCCUUGUAUGAGCCCCAUGCCAAUUCAGCACUGCAAAGGCCAUGCAUGGAUUAAACAGGAUUUGUUAGUUUUAUCUAAAUACUGACUUACUAAUAAAAGCAUUAAAACCCCAAACCACCUGCUCUUUACUCCUUUUUGAAAUUUGAGCCAUCCACCAGUUUUGCUAAGAAGUUAAAUUUGUACACAGGAAACUGGGUUCUCUGAAAUUGCCGCAGUGUUGCUAUAUAUAAAAAAUUAUCUCUGUUCUGAACAGCUAUUUAAAGAAUUGACAUCAGUACAGACAGACCAAAAAAAGCAAGUGCUUUUGUCAUUGGCAGGUGAUAACAUGAGAAGAAGCCAGAAGCAUGCCCAUUUUUUCAGUUUGGCUACUGCGGGAUUAGUUUAUCAGUCUUUACCAUCUACACAUAUACACACAUCCCUCUGUAUUCUCCAUCUAGGCAAGCAAGAGGCACUAUCAGAAUUCAGUGACACAUUCCACCCAGACAAAAUCACUUGGUGUGAAGUGUGACCAUUGGCAAGUUCUGAGGGCCAGAUAGAGGGGGUCUGAAGGACUGCAUGUGGCUCCUAGUCUUGAGGUUUCCCACCCCUGCUCUGAAGAGCUGUGUGGAUCUGGCAUAAGGUGCUAAAUACCUAUGCUUAAUUUCAUGGGAAGAGUUUCCCCCACAAAUCUGACUAUUCUUGCAAGUGCUGGGCCAGGCCAAGCAAUUUGAUCUAUGAGAUUAUGGACCAUAAAAAUUGCCCUGCAGGCUCAGAUCAGAUGUCCAUCCAGCUGUGCAUUGUGUAUUUUAUUUGUAACCAGUUAGAUGCUUGGUGGAAGCUCACAAAGAGGGUGACAUGGUGAGAGCAUUCUCUCUUGAUGUGGAGGUUGCACUUUGGCUGUCAUAUCUUGACACCAUUAGAAGCCUUCCCCUUUGUACAUGCAUAUUUUUGUAAAAGCACUUCAUUGUAACAUCCUUCAGGGUAUGUUCAGUAAAUUGAGGCUGUUUCCUAAGCCUGUGAAGCCCUAUUCCUUAAUCUCAGGAUAUGCAUGCUUUCCUGCUUUCCAUUGCACAAAUUGGUGUUGAAGAAAUAUGGUGAAUGAAGCAGGAUGCAUUUAAUGGAUCAAAUAUGUCACCUUGCAGUAUCCUAGGGAAUUGGGAGCCACAGAUAUGCAGGUGAACUUCAUUGUUCACUUGGUAUUAAAGUGUGGAAUUAAUCUCUUUAGUUACUGGAGUACUCCCUGUUCUACUUCAAGUACUGGGUACUGUCUUCAGAGAUUGGAGGAUGGUAGGAACUGGUCAUGUUUGAGUACUUGAUUAUCCAAAGCAGCUACUCUAUUCUGAACUUAAAAAUGAGAAGCAUAAUGCUGGUGGUCAACAAAAGAGGUAAGGCAAAUCUUUAAAAAUGUAGUAUAAACACUGACAAUUGGGAAACACUGGCUUGCUAGUGCUCUAGCUGGAGAACAGCCUUUACCAAAGGUGUCAUGGACUUUGAAGAUGCUCAAACUGAGGACAAAAGGGAGAAACAUGCUAAGAGGAAGGCACGCUUGGCAAAACUUCACCAUGAUCAACUCCCACCCAGAAACAUGUGUCCCCACUGUGGAAGGAUGUGUGGAUCCAAAAUUGGCCUCCACAGUCACUUACGGACUCACUGUUAAGACCAUGUUCAUGGAAGACAAUCUUACUCGGCUACGAGUGAUCGCCAAAGAAGAAGAUUACAUUGGUUGACAGAGGUGCAAGCACACAUCCUCUGAAACAAGAUGCAUUGUGAGGGCGACUCUACAUAAUAAUCAAUUUCUUAUCCUGACUUUUGCUGGACUGUGUAUUUUUAGUGCUCUUCUCACAGCAGUUUGCAAAUAGUUUAGCUUUGAGUUCAGCAUUCCUUUCUACACAUUUCAAGCCCUGAGUACCCAGCAAAGGAACCGUUUCAGUACAGUGGUAUCUCAGGUUACAUACGCUUCAGGUUACAGACUCCGCUAACCCAGAAGUAGUGCUUCAGGUUAAGAACUUUGCUUCAAGAUGAGAACAGAAAUCGGUCUCCGGCGGCGCGGCAGCAGCAGGAGGCCCCAUUAGCUAAAGUGGUGCUUCAGGUUAAGAACAGUUUCAGGUUAAAUACAGACCUCCAGAACGAAUUAAGUACUUAACCUGAGGUACCACUGUACUUUGAAAUGUUCUUAAUUUGGUGGCUGAAGGACAGAGCCACAGAUAAAUGACAAGAGUAAAAUGUUUGAGAGAAAGGCUUCAGAACAAGGGUGGGGGAGGGAGUUGAGCUUGAAGCUCUGAUUCCUCCAAAGGUGAAAGAGGGAAGACAUUAAUGGUCUUCAUUAUGGGCUAGUCAGAAGCCUAGUUUGACUGCAGGAGGGAGCCUUCCUUUAGGUUGUAGUUUUGAGCAACUGCAGUUUGGAGAAUGAAACCGGCUGAGGCCAUUACUGGAAAAUGAAGGUGGCUUAGAUUCUGCUGGGGCUGGCUUUCAUCUAUGUUGGAGAUACACAGGUGAACUAUGUCUCUCACUGCCUAUAAAGAUCCCUUUCCACAUAAGGAGAGCUAGUUAAUAUGUGUGCGCUCUUUCUGGUCUAGUUACGUUUGCUGUAGCUGGGAGUGAUGGCUUCUGUGAACUCAGGUGGAAAUGUCCACUGGGCUUGGGUGGCAUCGGCUACUAUCCCGUUGAACAUGGGGUGGGAAGUACAUUCCUGGAGGUGCUGUAUGUGUGAUAUUGCUUGCAUUGGCCACCGACCCCAGUGAACAACCGGAGGUCUGAGGUGAUUCAGUAGAGCAAGUCUCUUCAUCUUGCCUCUUCCACAAAUGUGCCCUAUCAAAAGGUGGGCCACCCAAGACCAACUCUUGCUUCUGCUUAGGUAUACAAAAUAUGAAUUUGUUAGGCUGUCUACAAAGGGAAAGAGAGGAUUUUGGUGCAGAAAACAGUUUGGGGUAAGGAAAUAAGAGCUAGCUCGGUUGUUUGGAUAGGUUCUGAGUGAUGCUGUCUGAUUGUGCAGGCGUGUUAAGACUUCAGUGGAAAGGCAGCUGAGAUGAACCUUAAGCAUGGAGGGUCAGCAGUACCAACCCCACAGUGGCAUUCUCAUUUCCUGUCCCUCAGGGUCCCUUCCCAGCAUGCCGAUUUCACAGCCUGGUGCUUGCUUUUGCAGGAUGACCUAAUUCCUUUGUAGUGAAGAGGCUGCAUCCCCUGAAAGACCAAGCUGUAAGCUGCUCUGCAAAUAGCUCCAUUAUUCUGGCAGCUGGUGUAGGCAGCUAUCAAUUCCUGCACGGCAGAAGAUGGCAUAUUAAAUAUUUACCAUACAGAAAUGACGCAACUGGCAACAAACAAAGGAUCUAUUAGGGGGUUGGGAAUUUGCUCUGGGGUUUGGGAGAGCAACUUCCUCUCGUUUAAAAAGUGUUUGCACUGCAGUUGUGAGCAACUCUGUGUUCUCAAAAAAAAGCGCAACAUUUAUCUGGUUUUUACCUUCUCAGAGUGGCUUGAAAACAGUGAGACUUGUAAAAAUUCAGUUCUGGAAAAGCUGAUUAACUGCACCUAAAAGGCAGCCUGGACCUUGGCCACUAGCAGCUCACACUCUUUGCCUUGAGAGGGUUCAUUGCUUAAUGGCCAUGAUGGCCUCAGGGCAUGAGUAGCUGUGGGUUACUGGCACAUUGUCUAGAUGGCUGCAAAUUAGAAGUUUGUCAUACUCAGGAUACACGCAAAGGCUUAAGCUGUGGCUCAGGGUAGUUGUGUCCAUUGGGAAUAGUGAUUGGACUUGCUUUCCUUACCGCUUCAUGUAAUGUUGAAAGGAUUUUAUUUUUUUCUCUUUUGACUCCGUAUAUUGGUGUUUUGUGGUUAACGUGACUGCUUGGAACAGGUGUCGCUGCAGCCAACUUGAUAAUUGCACACAGACAAUUUAUAGGCCGUGUGUGAGGGGUGCAUAAGACAAAUCUUUCUCUUUCUUUCCUUGUGGCAUCUGAAUGUUUCCUUUAUGUUUUAGAGGAUUGGCUGGUGAGGAUCAUAGUAUGCGUUCUUAAGCUAACAGUUCUAAAUUUAGCCACCUUGGUUUUUUCCAAUCUGCCCACAGCCCAGAUCCAUGAUGUUGCCUGCCACAUGGAGCCCAAACUGGCACUGCUUCUGCCAAAACUGGCACUGCUUCUGCCAAAAUCCAUGAUGUUGCCUGCCACAUGGAGCCAAAACUGGCAAUACUUCUGCCAAAAAUUGUGUUGGGCUGCUGGGAAUUUGAAAAACAUAUGGCUCUGAAUCAUAUGGGAAAUGUCUUUGUCCAAGAUAGUGGGACUGUUAAACCUUGGCCCUUGUCAGAGGAUCUCCCUCCUUAAGAAGCUGUUCAUACCCUUGGAGGUAAGAGUGGAUGGUGGGAGCUAUCCAGUGGAGUCUUUCUGUGACAUUGGCCUACCAGAAGUCACUUGUACCACAGCAAGUCCUAUAGGAGGCUUCACUGAUGGAAUCCUUUGCUCUUUCAUAAUUAGACUUUGUUAAGGACUUUUUCCCUCCCUUGAACAUGGUACAGAACAUGGUACUUCUUUUCUGAAUGGCUGUUAAUGGGUCGUGAUGAUUUGAGUAAGCCCCUGUGCAGGUGUUACAAUCAUCUUCUCUUCCAUCCACAAACUUCCUCUUAUUUAUUUGUGCCAUUCUGCUUUUCACCAGUAGAAGGCAAUAAGUGAUUGCUGCUGAUGAUCCCAGGUUGAGGAGGGCCAGAUAAUCCUGAACUCUGGGGUUUUCUGGAAUGGCAACAGAACAUAACUGAAUUUAGGCUCAAAAGUAGUAAGUUGGGAGCAACUGGUAAUCCUGAAACUCAUGAAGACACAUAGGAUGCCAUUUGCGGGGGGUGGGGGGCAAGGAAAGCUCCUGGUGGGCUUGGUAUGAAACCUAUUCCUUACACUGUCCAACUUCCCCAGCUACUGUGUUCAUAUUAGUUUAGAUUUCCUUUUUUUGCUGUACUGUCCAGAAGGGCUCCUAGCGCUUGUAUGGAAGCUGUGCUUCUUGAAAGCAGAAAUGAGCGCUAGGGAAGGGGAAUCAUGCAAAUCGAACAUGUAAAUACUAUUAAAUGAUAACUAGUUUGUUAUUAAAUAAAGUGGAUAUGAGUGCAUAUUAGCCCAUCCUUGUAUUUAAUUCCUUGCAUGGCAGCCACAGGCAACAAGGAAUUGCAUUCAGGCUGGCUGAGGAAGGAGGGACCCAGCAUAGAAACCCAAAAUAUUCACAGUGCGCACUGAAGAGGAAUAGUUGUUUUUCAGGGAUUCACUGGUGACUUAUGAUUUACAUCUUCAGGGUGAAGCCUCUGUCUAGAGUCUUUGGGGGGUUCCAGAAGCAAGCCUAGCAGAGUCCCUUCUGGAUUUCCACUGCUGUUUGAGAGUAAAUAUUGAUCAGGCUCACUCUGAAAACAGCUUUGUCAAACACCUGUGCUCUGCAGAGUGCUGUUGGGUUAGCUGCCCUGGGAGAGGUGGUUGUUGUGGCAUCACCCUAGAUAAGUGCUUCACAAACAUUUUGAAGUGGAACCUACCUGCAAACUUACUGAACCUUUCAGGACCCACUUGUAAACCAUCAACGCCUUUCAUCAAUGCCUUUCAAGCCUUCUACAAACCUUCUUUUAAAAGGGUCUCAACAGUAAUGGUGUGCUAGUGGUCAAAGCCCCUGGAACAAAAGCCCCUCAUUAUGCAACCCACCCAGGAAGAUGUUGGGACUUUCACAUUAAGAAGCACUGCCCUGGACUCCCAGCACAACUGAUGGGAAGAUAGUAUGUUAACCUACUUCUACACAGAUGCAUCCUAAUUCACAGUAAUCCGUUCCUCAUACCAAGUUGUGUUGGCUUGUUAUCCUGCCAGAGAGGUUGUGUUCGGAGACUCCUAUCAGCAGUUGUGCAAUUAAACUGCUGUCCAGCUGAAUACAGACCACUGUCGAUGUACAGAAGCCUGCCAGGGAUUACUAACCUGCCUGAGAUGAACAAUGCGGGGGGGGGGGGGUUAGCACCAGUUUUUGCCGCUGAUAACAAAAUGUCCCUUCACUGGCCUUUCACAGCAGUUUUGGGGGUUUUCAACCUCUGGAUUCAUGUGUUUGUGGCAUGCUCAGACUUGUGUGGUUUUAAGCAGCUGUUCUUUCAGAAUGGUGUUAGUCUUCUGCAACAGUAGCCCUGUAGCGCGGAGCACUUCUGUUCAGAGUUCCAGAGAAUCCAUACUCCUCCCUCAAACUUGGUUUCCCCUUUUUUUUUCACCUCCUAGUGGUCAGCCAGCCAUCCGUCUCCACUGAGCAUGUCUAGCCCUCAUUGAGCACCUUUUGUUUUUCCUCACCCUACCUUGGUCUCCGUUUUGGAUGGGGGUGAACAACACUCUUGCGCCCAGUCCUGUCUACAUUGAAAUAUUUCAUUUCUCUGUUGUUUUCUGUGUGCAGCUCACUUCCCUGGGUACAUGUUAUAGUAGUUUUUUUAGUAUGAUUCAGAAAAGGACCUGUUCAGACAAUGUGAUAGUUGUUUCUGCGAUUUUUAGAUGUCUGUGCCUCUUCCUCUCUUUCCAGCAACGCCCUUCCAUUCCCCCUCCCACCUGGCUGUCAGUUUUCUUUCCCACUCAGCCAGUCAACAUUCCAUGCUGUUUAAUUCUUAUUGGACUGUACCUGAGGUUUUCCUUCUUAGAGUUUUUAUCCCUACAAGGGUUUCUGAGUAACUGCCAAUCUUCAGUUUGCCAAUCCUUCCCUUUUGUGUGUUCUGGGGUGCCAUUUUUGUCUACAGCACAACAUAGACUUGAAUCAGAAAUUGAAGAUCCAUUUUUGAUGGUGCUAAUGCUGAUCAAGUUUGCAAACAAUUCUCUGUCUGCUGGUCGCCACUCAUUUAGUGAUCUCUCAAGGAUGGAAGAAUGCAUCUUGUUACUCUUUGGACCUGUGGUUUUUAAAAGUCAUGUUUAUUGCCAUCUCUGAAAAACUGGCUCAUAAGUUACGUUCUGCCAGGGGCAAUGUAGACCCCUCUAACUUUGCUUCUGUUUGGGAGCUGUUUGUGAUUUAUAUGAUCAAACAAUCUCAUGGCUGGCACAAUCCUGCUAAAUAUGAUUUUAUUUGGCAACAUGUAUGAAUUCUUGACAUAUUUUGCAUUAAUAUGAUCCCUGUUUCCAACCAAGGAAUAUAUUUUGUGCUAUUCAGGCUUUUUAAGUUUUAUUUCUUAUUAGCUUGUAUUUUUACUCUUGCCUUUAUGAUGGUUUCUGUUAUGUAUUUUAGGUUGGUGUCUUGUUUGUCAUACUGUAUUUGAAAAUCUCAUUAAAAAUUUAUGUAAAAGAAACAAAAUAGAGCUAAUGAUGUACUUGGAGAGGAUCCAUAUUGGGUAAAUAUACCAGUACUGAGAAGCAAAGGGCGUGACUGCAUGUUUCUUCCAUAAGCUGCUGUCCGAUGACUUCCUGUUUUUGUUAUUUGUAAGCAGAACUGUGCCCCUUCUGUACAUUUUGGACUAGGUAGUUUUAAAUCUAAGAAAAAGGUUGGAUGACAGGAAGGGGGUGCUACAGCCACUGGUAAGAGGAGGGAGGUUGCUCUUGGCAAUUCAGUGCUUGGAUGCUGUCAAAUGGGCAGCCGCAGAGGUUGCAAGAACAAAGUUUCCUUUAUAAGCUGAUCUCUGCCUCUUGCUUCCUCAGAUGACCUAGUGCUCCUUCAGAACAUCUCCUCCUCGCCAGCUGAGAGGAGGUCUGCUUUUUCCUUACUCAAGGUGUGUCCUGAGAAAAAAAUGCAACACAGAGGCGUCUGUAGAGAAAAGUUGGGCAGCCUCCAGCUUUGCUUCCUUCAUUUGUGCAAAGAUUUAUGACAGAUAAAACAUGUCAAGUGUAGUCUUUCUGAAAAAUGGUAAAGGAAAAGCUUCAGCUGUGAAGUUUGGAGUAUGCAAAACUUAUGCUCUGCACACUCAACAGAGAGAGGCGAGGAAGUUUUCUGUUGUGCUGUGCACACAUGCAAUAUCCUAUUUGAAGCUUCCUUGAGCUUUGGCUGUGUGAAUCUGCUUGGCAAAAGCCCACCCUUCUUUAUUGUCCAUCUCUUCAUUGGUCUUUCCCAAGGGGAGCAGUCAGGAGUGAAAUGAGCUGGCCUUCUGAAAGAGGCUCACUAAUGAUGGGGAAGGUCAAAACCCUUGCCAUGUGGCAGCUUCCCAAGAAACCUGCACAGGAUCAUGGAAGGGCAGGGGGCCUACAGCAUGCUUGGGUGUGCAUCCAAGCAGUGACUACUUUUUUUGCUACUGUAUCAGAAUUUUUAUGUUCUGUAUAAAUAUCUCAAAACUUUUAAACUUGCCAAAUACAGUUAAGUUCAAUGUCAGUUUAACUGAAGUGUUUGAUUGGAAAUUGGAAAUGUCACAUUUAGUUCUAGAUCCAGUGUGGUGCAGUGGUCAAAGACCAGGGUUGAAGUCACCGCUGGGCCAUGAAGCUGACUGGGUGACCUUGGGCCAGUCACUGUCUUCUUUUGGCCUAACCUACCUCACAGAGUUGUUGUGGACUUUAAUUGAGGAGGGGGAGGACCAGCUUGAGCUCCUUGGACAAAAGGGCAGGACAUAAACACAAUAAAUAAUGAUUCAUAACAAUAAAUUGAAUAUAGCACACUUACAGUGCAAUGUAAUGCAUGUUUACUCAGAAAUGCAUUUCCUUAGUACAGUGGUACCUUGGGUUACAUACGCUUCAGGUUACAUACGCUUCAGGUUACAGACUCCGCUAACCCAGAAAUAGUACCUUGGGUUAAGAACUUUGCUUUAGGAUGAAAACAGAAAUCGUGCUCUGGCAGCGCAGCAGCAGCAGAAGGCCCCAUUAGCUAAAGUGGUGCUUCAGGUUCAGAACAGUUUCAGGUUAAGAACAGACCCCCGGAACGAAUUAAGUACUUAACCCGAGGUACCACUGUAAAUGUCUUUAGCAAUGGUGUCAUUCCAUGUCAAGUGAUUCAGGGACUUUUAUCUUACCAUUUUAUAUUGCUUUCCGUUUCAGUUUCCUAAAAGUAGUAUAAUAGAAGGUCUCAUAUCUUAGUUUUAAAUUUUUUAUCUCCCAUUUUUGAGUUAUGAGGGUUUUAAAAAAAAAUUUUAAAUGUCAAUUUUGGUCUUGCCAGACUACACAAAGACCUAAACACAGCCCAGAAUUGAGAUAUUCCAAAACUAAAAAUACCAAUCUCUUCAUAACUUCAUGAGCUUUAAUAUGAUAUGGCACAUGAUGGACUUUUAGAUUAAAACUUUUAGAUUAGAUUUGUUCUGAUCAUUUAACAAGUGUACAAAAUUUUAAGAAAAUUGGAUGACAUGUAGUAAAACAAAUCAUCAAAAAUUGUACCACUUGAUAUGGAAUGACCCAUUGCAGCCUUAAAUUGUUACAUGCAAAAAUAUUCAAAGCUUUACUUAAAAAUUAUUUUUAUUGCAAUUCUUGUGCUGUAUAUGAUUCUACCAUUCAUUGUCAGCCUUCUUCAAACUGGUGCCCUCCAGAUGUUUCAGAUUACAACUCCCAUCAGCCUCAGCCAGCUCUGCUUUGGGUGGGAAUGGGUUUAGGAAAUUACUAGUUCAAAUUGCAUUCAUUCCACCCUUGCUUCAGUUUCCUGUGAAUUUGUUUUCGUUGUUUCUCAGACAUGUUAUAUGUUGCUAACCCUGAGUAAUGGUCAGUGAGGCCCUGCCUCAAGAUCUAUGCAUGCACAGUGUUGUUAGGAGGUUUUUAUGCUGCAUAUGUUGUGACAUAUUUUAAUGAAAUAUUGUAUCCCACUGUGAGAACCUUCAGGUUGAAGGUGGGUUAUAAAUAGCACUAUAAAUAGCCCAGUAAGCUGUGACAUGCACCUUCUUCAGGAAAGUCGAGAAAUAUUCCUGAUUCCAGAACUGGAACUCCUUGGCCUCCCUUCCUGUGAAGAAUUGCUUCUGCCUAGCUGCAUUGCCCAGCUGAAAUCUGCAUGAAUCAGCUAACAGAGGAAGCACUAUCCUGAGGCCAUGUUGCUUAUUUCUUAGAAAUGCAGUCCCUGUUUGUUCUCAAUAAGCACAUCGUCCUCCAAAGAGCACUCAGUAUAUUGCCAUGGCUUCCUAGUGAUGUGUGUACUCUCCUUGGCCUGGGUGCCCCAGUCCAGCCUGUUGCCUCUAGCAGUAUCCUGUGCUUCCGGAGACAGCUAAGCUCCCCUUAAGUUUCAGGGAUUUCAUGAAUAUUAAUAAAGACAUUUGCUCUAAUCCUAUUAGGGAAGGAAGAGGAAUGGCAACAAAUUGAUCUCAGAGGGACAGAAUGGUGAAUUCAUGCUAAGCUCUUGUCCCAGAUGGGGAGGGAUGCCAAAUUAAUAUGCCAUCCUGUAAUGAUGCAUUGUGAAAUGUAAAGGCUCAUCAUGUCAGCUCCCAUAGGCACACCCCCAAAGACAGUAAAAAAUGCAGUCAGCUAUGUUGAUCUGUUAUUUAUUUUAUAUUACACACCAACAGCAUUACACAGCAUAAUACACAAUGUGCUUGGAUCAACUGACAGUGAUCAAAUAGUAAACUGGCAAAGUAGUAGUUAGCAUGUUGGGUGUUGGCUGGGAAGCACCGGAUUCACAGCCCUGAUUAGCUAGCUUUGGACCAGGCUCUGAGUCCACACAUGUUCCAGGCCAAACCCUGGCAAGGUCCCUAAACAGCCUCCCUUCCACCAAUACAGCAGCCUCUUGUGCAUUCACGCAAGUCCUCUAACCACCCUGCGGUAGCUGGAAGGGCACAUACUUCCACCCACCCACUUCCCUUUUCUGAUAGCGGGCCUCAAAUCUGUUUCAGAUGCCUCUAGCCCACAUCUCCCAUAUUGUGUAUCAACUAGGAAUGUGCUUGCAGGUUGGCUGGAAAAACAUAUCCAAACAUCUCAGGCCUUCUUUCCUCAUAGCUAAGUAACCACAUUUGUACUCUGAAGCCAUUUUUGAGGCUAGCUUGAGUUCUAGAAUCUCGUUUUGUUGCAGAAAGCAUUGGACCAGUGCCUGGCGCCAAAGAAAGUGUGUUGCAAGGAGCACUAACUAGACCAGCCAUCUCCUGCUAGUGGAAUGGAAGGUUUCAGAAUAAAUCUUCCUGGCUGCCCUACUUAACACAAAUCACUGGCUCACACCAUGACCCCACCCCCACCUCCCCAUGUCUCUUGCUUGACUCUCUGUAUCAACCAAUCCAGAGGGGGAAACUGGUGCUCUGCUUAUAAAUCUGAAGCAGUGAAAUGGUGUGGAGGAAGAGGAGUACCAGCAUCUGCCUACGAUUUCUUUGCUUUCUGUUGCCUCUUCACUUAAUAUUUUCCAAAGAAAUUGUCCAAGCGAGCAUCUGGAUUAGGCAUUGCCGUCUUUGCAAUGAUCCUGUGCAAAGCUUGCCUCGUGGCUGCUUGACAAGAACAGGCUGGGCAAACGGAGACUAAAAAUAGUCAGAUCAAUAAUUACAGCAUGAGACCUCUGCCUCCAUUUCUCCUUCCUUGGGGAAAAAAAAGAGGCAAUAUGUAUAUUUCACAGAGCAAGUGAGGCAGAUUCCUGUAAUGCUCUCCUAACCUAAGACUGGGCUCAUUGCCCACACUCCCUGGCACAGAGAGAAGGGCGCCCAGUGCUCUUCAUCCUGGGUUGAACAAAUUGAUUCUAGGCCCCAGUGAUUUACCCCUUUCAGGUAUUUUCAGCAGUACAUAUCGCAAUCUGCCUCCAAACCCAAGAUUCCACUGUUGUGCACAUCUGUAAAGCAAGUGAAACUCUCUGCUAGGCCCCAUUAUUGCCAUAGAGGGUUUUUUUUUGGGGGGGGGGAAGGCUUGUAGGCUUUGUAGUCCAACCCGCUGCAUGAUGCAGGAAGCUGCCUAGCCUCUACUUCCAUGUGAACACUCUUAAAGUACCGGUAUUUGAAGAGUGCUAUCAUAUUCUGCCCCCGCCCCCAUCUUCUCCAGGAUAAACAUUACCAGUCCCUUAAUUGCAGACAGCAUCAUCCUUCAACUUAUUGUUUAUGUGGACAGCACCAUCAGUGUCUAAAAGUGGUUAUUGUGAAAAUGGGAUGUGGGGGAAAGAGCUAUACAUGCUCUGGUCACAUCCAGACUACUGCAAUGUGCUUAGAAUGGGACUACCAGCUUGUCUGCAUCUCUAUUGGAAUUGUUUUCAUAUAAAUUGUUUUAUCACUUGUGGGUUUGCCAUGCUGAGCUCUUUUGGAAUGAAGGGCAGGAUAUAAAUAUUAGUAAUAGUAAUAAAUAACAUCAUCAACAUCAAGUGGUACAGAAUGCAGCAGACUAGUUGCUUGUGGGGGCCAGACAAUUGGAGCAUAUAACAUGAACUGUGUAUUGGCAGUGCAGGUUGACCAUUUGCUUCAAAGCUCAGUUUAAUGUUCUAGAUAUUUUAAUCUCCUCAGUGCUGCUCAAUCAGGUUAUUUUCAGGGUCACCUACAUCUGUAUCAAACCUGCCUUAAGAUCAGCCUCGAAGGUCCUGCUGGUGGGCUUGCCAUCAGGAACUGUUGGAUCGAUGGGUGUUAGAUGGUGGAUCCUUGCUUUUGUCACCCUUUCCCUCAGUAGGUGCAUGUGACCUGACACUGAUGACUUUUAAAUGGGCCCAGAAUACCAUUUUGUCCUAAGCUGGUUUUACUUGAUUCCUUGGCAGUUUUGCAUUUAACAGCUGCUUUUCAAAAACUAUUUAAUGGUUUUCUGCUUGUUUUCCUAUUUUUUAUACUGAUACUGCUUUACUACUGCUUUUAAAAACAUCUCUAGAUGUCUGAUAUAUUGUGGUUUUAUGGUUUACAAUUAGGCUAUGAAUUAAUUUUUAUGUUUUUAAUGUGUUGUGAGCUGCCUUGGGAAGGUUAAUCCCCCCCCAAAAAGGUGACCUUUAAGUAUCAGAAUGAAUUGAGAGACUGCAUAUUGUGAGCUGAGAUGCAGAAGCCAAGGAUUAUUCUGAUGGUGUUCCUGCUUGGCAGGGGGUUGGACUCGAUAGCCCUUGUGGUCUCUUCCAACUCUAUGAUUCUAUGAUUCUAUGAUUCUAUGAUUAGAUGAGCAGGCUCAUUGAAAUGAAUGAACCCAACUUAGUAAUGUCCAUUAUUUUUUAUGAGUCUAUUCUGAGUAGGACUAGCAUGGGAUGCAGCCCCAAGUGCUAAAUGAGCAAAGCCGAUGAGUGGAGGCUUCUCUGCUUUCUCCAACUCACCCACUAGUUAUUUGUGUGCUUGGCAUGAGUUCCUCCUAGGAAGCCUUGACCGUGAUGUGUAGGGUGCUGUCCUUUUUCUUCACCAAAGAGUUGGUAUCCCAUCUGUCCUGAGAAUGAUGCAGUGAACUUCAAUUGCUGGAGAGAACAGAUGUGCUGAAGGAGGAGCAGCUGCUUGGGGAAGGGCUGUGAGGGGAAAGGAAGGACUGGCAGCUCUUCACUGAGUUGUUGUUAUGCAGCUGCUGCUUCUCUUUGUCAUCUGAGCCAGGAUAGAAUUGCUUGAGGGCAGAGGGCACUUCCUUGCCUCCACAGUUGAUCCAAACCUUGCUCACCCACCUACACUCCCAAGGCUGUAUGAUGGCAGGAGAAAGCUGUGAGGCAGCCGCAGAAAGUUAGUGUGGUCAUGGGGCUUAAAGUAGUUGCCCCUUCUCUGUUCAAGCAUGAAAGUGUGAGCCUGCAGGGACCUCUUCUCUCUGUUCCUCUUGUGACCCUUUCACCACUGCUCUGAUUGACUACUUCCUCUCCCUACGUUCAUCUUUUUCAUGACUUUUUCAAUUUCCCUAGCUCAGAAAAACCUGGAUCUUGGUGUUUGGUCCUCCCCCUCUUGGUCCUCAGAUCUCUGCAUGUGGUUCUGCAUCUGUUGCCUCAGAGCUGCCAGAGGGUGUCCAGCCAGAACAUUUCCCCUUUUGAAAUAUGGUAGAGCCCUCCUUUGUUGCCACCUAAAAACAGAGGCAUCGGGAGAAAAAAGCAGUUUGACACAGAAGAGGCUUUCCCUAGUAUUUUGGGAAAGUGCCUGUGUCUUCGCUAAUAAGUGUACUGCUCAAUAUUAUUUGUUUGUUCCUUCUUAGUGAGACUGAGUCCACCAGACAUGGAUACUGUCCCAGGUAAUAGUACAAGGUGUUAAUGCAGCAUACUAUCAACAGACUAGUAAACUAAUCAGCCCCUGUUCCAACCCAUCCACCCCCCACUCCAUUCAAAGUCUGCUGGAUACUCCAUUGCCUGUAGUAGCCACUCCAGCCCAAAUCUAUCAGCAGGUGUUGGAUAACACUUUAAUGGUUGCUUAUAUCUCCAAUGGGAAUGCUAAAGAGUAGCCUUUAUCCACCACUACAGCUUUGAUGCUCAUCUAAGGGUGGAUUUUUCCUUUGAAAGGGCAGUGCUGAGCUCCAUGUGUGUGACCUCAAAGGAAAAGAACUGGUUUCUUUCAUGUAACUGUAAUUAUUUGCAUGGUCAUCUCUGUAAUCUCACAAUCCACCCUCCAUCCCUGCUGUGCUUGCUACCUUAGCCUGCUCUUGGUCAAAGCUUCGUAUUUACACGCCUACCGGGUAAUCAUAGGUGACAAGUAAUUCCAUGUAGGCAAGUGAGUGAGCUGGCGGAAGGCAGCAGAGCAUUCAGUCCUCCUUCUGUCCCCAGUACAGAAACCUAAGUGGCUUUGCCAGAAAAAGUGAAGGCCCUUCCUUUGCACCCAGAAUAAGAAUGCAGUGGUACCUCGCAAGACGAAUGCCUCGCAAGACGGAAAACUUGCAAAACGAAAGGGUUUUUGGUUUUUUGAGUUGCUUCGCAAGACGAUUUUCCCUAUGGGCUUGCUUCGCAAGACGGAAACGUCUUGCAAGUUUGUUUCCUUUUCUUAAAACCGUUAAUACAGUUGCGACUUGACUUCGAGGAGCAACUCAUAGCAUGCGGUGUGGUAGCCUUUUUUGAGGUUUUUGAAGACUUUGGUGAUUUUUGAAGCUUUUCCAAAACUUUUCCGACACCGUGCUUCACAAGACGAAAAAAACCGCAAGACGAAAAAACUCGCAGAACGAAUUAAUUUCGUCUUGCGAGGCACCACUGUGCAGUAGGAUGCUAGGAGAGGAACGGAGUCCCCUAUCCCUCCUCUGCCAGUGCUCCAGCAGGCUAGUAGGCAUUUUUGCAGGCUAGUAACUUUUGUGGGCUUGUUGACAAGGGUACUUUUUACAUAGCUGCUUCAUGUGGUUUCAGAGGCAGCAGCCAUGCCCUCUUGAGAAUAAACAUGGAGGGUGAGGGAGAGUGGCCCACCAAAAUGCGGGCCCAGCUCCAGAAGGUUCCAAAACAAUACCCAUGCAGUAGACGCAGGAGCUAUAUGUAUGGCUGCAAAGACAACCACAAUUCAUGCACCUCAAUGACAGGUGAGCCACCUGUUUUUCCUCAUAGAAGCUGGCAUGUGAUCUCCAGGCAGCUGCUAGAAGCAACCCUGCCUAGCCAGCAGUCAAAUGGUAUCCUGUGUCUUCAAACAAUUCUCCUGAGGCAAAUGCCUUGAAAUCUAGAAACGUUACACAGCCCAUCUACAAGGCUGGCCCCUGGGAAUGAGAAAUGUUUCCCCCACCUCCCAAGCCUAGUGGCAAGGUGCAGGGGUGCUUCACCACUGUGGCUGUUAAUGAGGAUGUUUUCCAUCACUGUUGGGUAUGGGAGCCAGGUUGUGCAGCUCCAUAGGCUGCUUGAGCAAAAUUGGGGAGGGGCCUCUGUCUUCUAAAACAAGCCUCCUACAUAACGUCUUGCCCAAGGCUGCACUGAAACGGGAUUGACUAUGCUACCACUCAGUGGAUUUGUAACUGGCUGACUGACCGAACCCAAAGGGUGCUCAUCAAUGGUUCCUCUUCAUCCUGGAGAAGAGUGACUAGUGGGGUGCCACAGGGUUCUGUCUUGGGCCCGGUCUUAUUCAACAUCUUUAUCAAUGACUUGGAUGAUGGACUCAAGGGCAUCCUGAUCAAAUUUGCAGAUGACACCAAAUUGGGAGGGGUGGCUAACACCCCAGAGGACAGGAUCACACUUCAAAACGACCUUGACAGAUUAGAGAACUGGGCCAAAACAAACAAGAUGAAUUUUAACAGGGAGAAAUGUAAAGUAUUGCACUUGGGCAAAAAAAUGAGAGGCACAAAUACAAGAUGGGGGACACCUGGCUUGAGAGCAGUACAUGUGAAAAGGAUCUAGGAGUCUUGGUUGACCACAAACUUGACAUGAGCCAACAGUGUGACGCGGCAGCUAAAAAGCCAAUGCAAUUCUGGGCUGCAUCAAUAGGAGUAUAGCAUCUAGAUCAAGGGAAGUAAUAGUGCCACUGUAUUCUGCUCUGGUCAGACCUCACCUGGAGUACUGUGUCCAGUUCUGGGCACCACAGUUCAAGAAGGACAUUGACAAACUGGAACGUGUCCAGAGGAGGGCAACCAAAAUGGUCAAAGGCCUGGAAACGAUGCCUUAUGAGGAACGGCUAAGGGAGCUGGGCAUGUUUAGCCUGGAGAAGAGGAGGUUAAGGGGUGAUAUGAUAGCCAUGUUCAAAUAUAUAAAGGAUGUCACAUAGAGGAGGGAGAAAGGUUGUUUUCUGCUGCUCCAGAGAAGCGGACACGGAGCAAUGGAUCCAAACUACAAGAAAGAAGAUUCCACCUAAACAUUAGGAAGAACUUCCUGACAGUAAGAGCUGUUCGACAGUGGAAUUUGCUGCCAAGGAGUGUGGUGGAGUCUCCUUCUUUGGAGGUCUUUAAGCAGAGUCUUGACAACCAUAUGUCAGGAGUGCUCUGAUGGUGUUUCCUGCUUGGCAGGGGGUUGGACUCGAUGGCCCUUGUGGUCUCUUCCAACUCUAUGAUUCUAUGAUUCUAUGAUUCUAUGAUUCUAUGAUUUAUUUAUUUUUUGCACCGCCUGCUUAGGGAGAAGCUGGCUGUUGGCCCACUUGGGAUUUCACAGCAAAGGAAACUGCAUUUCCACCCAAACCCUCAUUUAGCCCAGCUUGGCGUGGGAGCUUUUGCUCUUGUUCUGUGCUACUUGGACAAUUUGUUCCUGUUAGCUGGAAGCCACAAUAAGCAGUAGCAGCACUGCUUUUUCUUAAGAUGCUUGAGGCAGCGGGUGUUGCUGAGCAUCCCCCAAUACUUCAGUUGCAAUAAUGAAGCAGAAGCUGUCUGACACCUCUUUUUAUAUGGAAAAAAAGCACCCCACACAAUUCAGCUGGUUGAUUCUAAAGCUGCUGGAGCUGCCUUUUGCUCUGCUCUCAGCUUGAGGAAUUGUAGUUUACAUCCCUCCUGAGGCAAACUUCCACUUUUCUUGCCUAACCUAUGAUGCAUAUGUUUCUGAAUGUGAACUGCAAGUAGGUUAGGGGGCCCAGGUACACAUUUGGAAAUGUAAGAAGUUACACAGUUCCUAUUUGACAGAAGGAAAAACUAGCAAUGCUCAGAAACCAUCCCCCAAAAAAGAAAUGUAAAACAUGAGAAUGGGCCUUUUAAAUAGUGCCCCAUCUGUGGAAUGCUCUUCCCAGGGAAAUAUGCCUGGUGCCACCCUCAGGUUUGAGACAGAGGCUAGGACACUUUUUUAAACUCAGGCCUUUGGUAGCUAAGCUGGGUCUCUGCAGGGGUGCUAACCCCAACCAUCCCCCUUAUUGGCUUUCAUUAAUUGGAUAUAGCCAGGUAUUGGUGGCUGUCACCUUGCUUGGCUUCCUGGUUCCGCCUCUGUUCUUAGAAGGCAGUGUCCCAUCAGUUUUUAUAACUGACUGAAGUGUGUGCUGUGUUGCCUCCAAGAACCUAAAAGGCAAAUCAUGAUCUUAAAUUCCUUUUUAAAACUUCAAUCUGUCAUCUUUAAGUGGCUUUGUUCUCGACUGCAUGUAUGAAAUUCCAAAGGUUUGCAGCCUGUUGGGUGGGGGAAAAAACUCCUGUAGAUUUCAUUACCACAGUACAUUGUGAUAGCUUUCAAAGAACAGUAAGAAACAUUAAUAGACAUUAUGACUAUAUUGUUGGCCAUAAUAGCUCAGAGCAAAGCCUCUUUAUUUAGAAUCGGGAUAGCUUCAAUUAUGGGGUAUUGGAAACCAAAGGGGUUCUUGCCCAUCUUGCCCUGCCUCUGUGAGCUUUCCUGUAGCUCCUGGUGGGCCACAGUUGGAUGCAGAGGGCUGGAGUCAACCAAUUCUUUGACUGACACUGUGUGGCAAAUUAUCAUGUUUUUAACAAUCACACGCCACUCAAAAACGAGUUAGGCGAAAAUAUCAAUUAAAGUCCAAGUAUUUAAGUGUAUGGACUGCACUGAUUCUGCUAUCCUGCUAUGCAAAAAGGAGCUAAUAUCCUUCUUAGGCUUUGUGUCCUUUCCUGUCACUUCCAGGUCUCUCAGAGGGGAAAUGACUUAGCGCUUGGGGUGGGAAACACAAAGAGAACCGGAAAUCAGCAAUGUGCAGUUUUGCAGGACUGCAUUUUGCAAUCAGAUGGGCAGUGUGUGUGCUAAUGGCUGGGAGAGUGUGGUGGGGAAGUGACUGCAGUAUUGAGCUUGUCAUUACAGUGCUCAUGUAGGCUUCUGUCGGAUAGAAAGAGCAGACCUUGUGGUACCAAGUCCCUGGGAGUCUCCUUACAGUGCAGACUGUGUAGAGCCACCAACCUAGAUGGCUGUGAAUGAGGAUUAGACAAAUUCAUGGAGGAAAUGGCUAUUGAUGGCUAACUAGCUACAGUAGCUAUGUUCUGCCAUUGUGGAAGCAAUAAUGCUUUUGAACACCCAUUUCUGGAAACCAUAGGAGGGUUCUUGUUGUGCUCAGGUCCUGCUUGUGGGUUUCCCCAACUGGGCAUCUGGUUGGCCACUGUGAGAAGAGGCUGCUGGGCCACAAGGGCCACUGGCCUGGUCCAGCAGGACUCUUCCUGUUUUCAUACACAGUCACUGUGCCAAGGCUUGCUUCUUCCACUCAGGUGACUUUUGCCCUCAAUUCUUCUUUUGACCCCACCUCAGCUUGUCUGCACUUCAGAUCUCAUCCUGCAACUUGGUGUGUGUUUUAAGACCAGUUUCCAAGUUGGCUUACAGUUAAAUCCACAUAAAGAUGUAAUAUGAUAAAGGCUAAUACUGGUGGGCUGUUGUGGGACAAGCCCCGCGAGUUCCUUUGUUUCUAUUCAGUGGUGAUAUGGUCCAGGCUUUUCAGAGGAAGGGGCCAGAAGGCUCUUGUUGUCCCCUUCCACAAAAUUUUAAAGGAGAGGCAGGGAGGAAAAGGCCAAAGGUCAAGUUUAUGGAAGCUUUUGCUUUUGAAUGCAGGUUGUGAGGGAAAGGAGCAUGUGAAGAGUGCCAGAGUUCACGGAAACAAAACCAGCCCUGCUUUCUUUAUCAAAAAUUUUCUAUCCCAUCUUUCUACAUCAUUCUUUCAGAGGCUACUGUAACAAUGUGGUCUUAUUGUUAUAGGGAGUGUUGUGCUGGGCCAUCUUUUGUUCUUUGUGGUGGCUUCAGUGCAGAUAUGGUUUCAUUUGAGCUGCUAGCACCGCAAAGGAUGAACACCUGUGUCUUCUUUUCCAUCCAACACUUGUGAGGAGCAAUAGGAGGUGCUGCUAGGGGAACAUUAAUCUGAGAGGGGUUAAUGAGAGAAGGGUGCCUGCUUUGUCCACAGAAGGGCCCAGGCUCAAUCCUCAGCAAAGGUCCCUGCUGAAAACCUUGGUUAGAGCUGUUGCCAGCCAGUAGUGAGCUAUAUGGACCCAGGGGCCUGGCAGCCCGCACCUGGAAUACCAUGUCCAAUUCUGGAUGCCACAGUUUAAGAAGGAUGUUGACAAUCUGGAGCAUGUACAGUGGAGAGCAACCAAGAUGAUCAAGGGUCUGGAAACCAAGCUUUAGGAGGAAUGGCUGAAGGAGCUGGGUAUGUUUAGCCUGAAGAAGAAGAGACUGAGAGGAGAUAUGAUAGCCAUAUCUCAAGGGCUGUCACAUGGACAGUGGAACAGCCUCCCAUGAGAGGUGAUGGCCUCUCCUUCACUGGAUGUUUUUAAGCAGAGGUUGGAUGGCCAUCUGCCAUGGAUGCUUUAGCUGAGAUUCCUGCAUUGCAAGGGGUUGGACUAGAUGACCCUCAGGGUCCCUUCCAACUCUACAAUUGUAUGAUUCUAUUUCCCCAGAUGAAAUUAUUAUUAUUAUUAUUAUUAUUAUUAUUAUUAUUAUUUAUAUCCCACCCAUCUGGCUGGUCCCCAGCCACUCUGGGCGGCUCCCAGCAGAACACUAAAAACAGAAUAAAACUUCAAACAUUAAAAACUUCCCUAAACAAGGCUGCCUAUAAGAACUGAGUAAGCAAUUGAUGGGCAGCCUAAAGAUUCUCUAAACCAACCAUGACAUGCAGAGAGUGGAGGUGAUGGAGUUGGGGGAUGAGAGACGGUGGUGGAUAGAGGACUGGUGCGAAUGUGGGGUGGGGGCUGGUCCUCCCAUCAUCCCAAUCCUCCUAACCUCAGGCUAUCCUUUCCAGGCAGUCCGGGGGGGGGGGGGACUGCUGCUUGGGAGUUUCGCUCCUCUCCUCGCCAUCUCUAUGCAAAGUGGCGAUCCUCCGGGGGGCGGUGAAGCUGCCUGGCCGGCGCUCUGGUGACCCCUCCAGGCAGCAGGAGGGUCUCUACCCGCGUGGGCGCUGCCGCGCAAACUCCUCCUUCCCGCCGCCUUGGCUGGGUCUGUGCCGGGCCUGGCCCGGCGGGCGGCCGCUGCUUCUGCACGGUGUCUUCCUUUGUGCCGCCUGAGCGGGGGGGGGGGGGGAGAAGCCCUGCCUGCCUGCUUCCCUCCUGCUGCCCUUCCGGGGAGGGGAGGGGAGAGCUGGGCGGGCGCGAGCGAGCGCCGGCGGCGGCGGCCUUUUGUCAUUCCGAGCACACACGCAGACGCGUCCGCGCUCGCUCGCUUGCUCGCUCACUCCGGCGCUGCGCCUGGGCGCGGCGGGCGGCGCAAUCCCACCGCCGGGGAGGGGCGGCCGUGGGGUCGCCACCAUCGCCGCCACCCCCUCGUCUGGUCCUCUCUCUUGGAAGGAGCGCCGCCCCGGGCAUGGGCAUCUCACCGUAGCUGGAGCAGGGAGGAGAGGAGGGCGGGAGAGACCCGCCCCGUCGCCGCCACCGGCGGCGGCCCCAGCAGCAGUAGCAGCAGCCUCCGACCAUGGAGGUGGGCAAGAUGGUAAGGGCAGGGCACCACGAACCCAGGCGGACGGGAGCCGCGGAGGGCAGAUGGCGCCCGGCUUUGUGAGAGGGGCGGCGCCCGGGAUGCUCCCCGGCAGGAGGCAGGCGGCAUGGGGGCGCGGAUACUCUCUCUCUCCGGGGUUGCCGGGCUUGUCACCAGCCCCGGGUGGGGUUUCAAGAAGGGAGAGGAGCGGCUGGCCGGGCGGUAAUCCAGCGCAUUGUGUGCCCAGCCGCCGCUUGCAGGAGAACCCUCGGGGCGCUCGGCUCCAGAGACUUGGCACUGGAGGAGGUCCAGCGCCGGAGGACGGGGUGGUCCUCCCCCACCCCAAGCCUUGGACACCGGCUUGCUCGAGGUGGGGCUCGCCUUCUCUCCCUCCUCCCAUUUCCUCGAGAGGAGAGUUGGAGGGAGGCGCUUGUUGCUGCCUCCGUUGUCCCCGGUUGCCUCCAUCUAUCGAGCCUUGCAGGGCUCGGGAGCCUCCACCCGCUUUCCCCAUCUCGGGAGUCUCCUUCCGGCGUCUACCCAGCCUGGGUUAGGACAUACCUAGCGGGGAAGCGCGCAGAGCCAGGCUCUGCUUUGUUGCGGUAGGGAGAGAGCAGCCGCCACCUGUCUCCGACUGAGCGAAACACUCGCAGCCGGCAUUGUGGGCGCGUCCUGGACCACCAUCCCUCCCUUCCUCCUUUUGCGGGUGGAUCUGGGCCGAAGGGGGCAGGGCGCGACCUCGAAAAGGGUCAAGUUGGUUCUGUGCAACAGAGAGUUCCCCAGGGCUGCCUUUCGGAAGCAGCAGGAAAGGCUUUGAAGGACUCCCGCCGGAGACUCCGUUGCCUUGGGGCGGGGAGGGGGAGGCGUGUUGGUGUUUGCCUCCUGCAGUCACAGCAGUUGAACCCUACAGAGCCGGGAAAAGGAGCUGUUUUCAAGCAGCAAAAAGGGGCAGGCUUUGGUGGGGGGAGUUAGCCCACCUCGUGGGGGGGGCUGCGAGCUACUGAUUGGCUGCCAGUGACAUCAUGCUACCUAGACAAUUCCCCCUCCAUCCCUAAUUCGUGCUUUAAGAGUAGCGGGUUUCUGGAGCAUGGUGAUAAUGCCUUGAGGGGAGCCAAACUAAGGGGUACUUGCUGGACCAGCAACCACAGGUAGGCUCCGUCAGGAAAAUGGCAGGUGGUUGAAGAGGAGGCAAGAGCUAAGAACGAGCCCAACACUUAAAUGAUCUGAUAUAAGGAAUGCAGCUCAAAGUAAUAGUCAUGAUUCCACCAGUGUGCUUAACCCCAGCUGCUUAAACAAAAAGAUUGCAAGGUAUAAGACGGUUGCGCAAGGGGGGAAGGGAGUAAUACAUUCAAGAGGAGGCAUUGCAUUUUUCAUUCCUUCCUGUCUGAAUUUGACACACUGAAGGGCAUGGGGGCUGCUGUAGUUCAGUGGCAGAACAACUGUGUUGCAUGCUGAAGGUGCCACCCCUGAUGGCAUCUCCAGGUAGGGCUGGGAGAGACCCUGGAGAACUGCUCUCAGUCAGUGCAGACAGUCCUGAACUAGACCACUAUAUUUCUUGGUAUAAAGCUUCUUCCUACAUUCCUAGAGGCAAGAGGGUGUGUGAGAGCUGUUGACUUGAGAGUGACAUGAGGGAGAAAGCACACACACACACACAAGUAUUCCGGGCUUCCUAGCUCCAGUCCAGGACUUCCACUCUGAGAGAGGGGCAACUCAUCACAGUCUGAAGGGCUGCUGGGAGCAGCAUCUUCUGAGCUGUCAGAGAGGGCAGAUGCACCUGGAGUGCAGGGCUAAAGACUUUCAUGGCUCAAGCUAGGAGCAGCAAGCUUUGAAGGGUAGAAUGAGGUUGAUGCUGAUCUAUUGGCAGGGAAGCCACCCUUGAGAUAUGCUGCAGCAGCCUCUGAAAGAAGCUGAGGGUGAGCUGCUGGUUUAAAAUGAUGGGUUACCCCCUCAAAUAAGAGAAAUUGAUCACUCCAAAUGUUAACUGAUGGUGGAAGGGUAAGUGUAUUCAGAUUAUUAAGGGAUGUUUCAGUUACACACACACAUCCUCUUGUAAAUGACCUACCUCUUCCUUGUUUGGGGCAAGUGAAAUCUGCCUCUUGAGGAACCUGGAAGGGAACAGUCAAUCUCCUUUCUGCUUCUUUUCUGCCAUCAAAUAACCCUAUUGCUCUUCAUUUCAGUGCCUGAAUUGCCUUCAUGGUAAGGGGGAGUGUCCCUGUCUCAAAGUCACUGUGUGCUUAGAGCUUGCUUGAAUUCUGUCUGGGGGACUAGAAAGGUGUGGCCUUCCCACUCCAAAUGGGAAUGGGAGAGGUAGUGCUGUUGUUUUGUACAGAGGGGUGGGGGUGGUCUUUGGGUUAUCCAAAUGAGCCCGUAGAAGUGCUUUAGGUUUACUAGCACUGAUUUGAAUGCUUCUGAGAAUAUUGUCUCCCAGUUAGUUUGGUGUGACGGUUCCUGAGAUGGAGCAGCGGGUUUGGGCUUACAUUUGGAUACUGUUGGAUGCCAUUUUGAAUCAGGAGAAGCACAGCCUAGUUCUUCAGGAUAGACUCUUGAUGCAGCUGUGGGGUGGCGCCAGCAGAGGUUCCCCCCCCUAACUUGGUGCAAAAUUUGUAGCACAAAACCUAAUUGUGGGAGAUAACGAAGCUGAUAUGCCUGAUUGAAAAUUGGAAUCCUGUGUGUGCAUUUGCUUCUUGAAAGGGUGCAUAUGCCAGCCUUUGAUAAACACCUUCACUACUUCUCUGUGCUUCCUCUUGUGGAAAGAGCCAUGCCACUCUGGUGCUUAGCAGGCUGUUGCCGCCACUGUCAUCCCUCUUUGCACUGGGCCUUGUUACAUUUUCCUCACAGGACUCUUUUUGAUCUGGCAGAUGCUGUCUCUGCUUUGGGGAGGGCCCCUUAGCAUAAGAGAAUCAUUGUGGUGUAGUGGUUAGAAUUUCAGAGUCGGACCUGGGGGACCUGGGUUCAAAUCCACACUCAGCCACAAAAGCUCACUUGAGCAGGAAACCAGGAAGGAGAACCUGAGCAUAAGAGCCUAAUUUUACAGAUGUUUAUCAUGUCUGCUCUUACUUGCUUUUUCUCUAAAUGAAAAAGUCCCAAAUUGUGCAAAUCUUUCUUCAUAGGGGAGUCUCUCUUGCCACUAUGGAAAUUCUGGGGCUCCUCACCCUGUUUCCUGGGGCAACACAGCCCUCCUGCCCUGGAGCUGACAAGCCUUGGUUUCCCUUCUCUUUCCAAGCCGCUGUGAGGCUGUCUGGAAUGGGGAAGUAAUGCAAGCAGUUCUUUGGAAAGGAAGCUUGUGGUGGCUCCUGUAAGCCACCCUACCCCAGUGGCUGCUUGAGCUCCUUGAUCACUCUCCCUCCAGAACAUUUCCUAGACUCUUCUGCAACAUGUUUUACACAUGACAGCAUAAACCAACAAGCCCCUUGAAGUUCUAACUGCAAAAAAAAAAGUUAAUGGUUGAUUUCAAAAUGAUUCUAGGUUAAAGGGUAAGAGGUUAUCCAUGCUAGUCUUCCUCAGAGUAGACCCAUUGAAGUUGAUGAACAUGACUAACAGGUUUAUUAUUUUCAGCAGGCCUACUCUGAAUGGGACUUAGUUGAAUACAACUCUGACAGGUUUUUUUAAAAAUUGGCAUUGUAUUCCGAAUAAAAUAGUAUGUCACAGACGCUAUUAGAUCCCACUAUGUUAACUUAAAUCCUUCACUUGGCUUUUGGAAAGCUCUGGAGAAGAAAACAGAAGAUGCAGAGGUGAAAUACCAGGCUCUGAGCAAAUACUUAUUUAUCAAAUUUAUAUCCCAUCCUUCCCCAAGAUGUCCCAGGCACCAAAUGAGUGUAUCAUUUAAAACAAAAAAAAGGCAAAAUUUUUAAAGCAGUAAAAAUUUUUUUAAAAAAUUACAGUUAAAUACAACUGAAAUAAGUUACAUUAAAAAAAAAAAUCUAAAAGUUAUAAACAUUUUUCAAUCCGUUGAUCUUAUGGUUGCCUAGAACAGUAUUCUUCAGCCACCAAACAUCUGGAUAAAUAGGAAUGUUUUCAAAUACCUCCUGCAACGUAAUAAAGAUGGAAACAAGUGCACCUCAUUAGGAAGUCCAUUCCACUACUAGGGAGUGACUACUGAAAAGGCCCUGUCGUGAGUCAGCGCCAAACGGGUGACACCUAGCAGUAACUUCACCACCAAAGCCUCACUUUCUGAUUGUAGUGGAGGCAGAUCCAAUGUACCCAAACAGCUUAAUAGGGUUUGAAAGAAAGAGAACAUACAUGUCUGAAAUCUGUGUUUCAAGGUUGCACUAUGAGUGUAAAUUCCAGUGUGUAGGUGAAGCCAAUAGAGUUCAGAAUUUAGGGUGAAAUUUAAUCCUGUGGACCCAUGAACCACUGGGGUGCUUCGUAAUGAAGUCUUAUCUGGGGAGGGGAAGAGAAACACAAGAAUUUAUUGGUGGGGGUGGAGAAUGAUAAAAACGGGAGGGGGGUCACUACAUGUCCUUGGAGUUGUAUAACCACAAACAAUGGAAUUCAUGAUACAGGCAAAAUGCUAAAUUGUUUUCAUAUCCUGUUUUGAGAAGUUGGGGUAGAAAGUAGCUUAGGUGUUGAGCCGUUUCACUGGGUAAAUCAGACAUCUGAUUGCUUACCGAACUAAAUGUACUGUAUAUAUAUUUUAAGAGGCAAAUGGAAGGAGGUGAAACCUCACAGGACUGUUGACUCUGUAGUUGUAAGAGCAUGAAGUGGUUUAGGCUCACUCUAAAGAAAUAACAAAAUUCCCAGAUAUUUCAAGCACCUGUUACUGGGGACCCUAGCGACCCCAUUGGCCCUGGAGUGUGAAGAAGGUGCCAGUGCUCAGACCUUGCGUGUGACUGCGUUGGGGGGUGGGCGCUGUGUAAACAGAGAGCACAUUAUUUGUAAAGCUUCCUUCCGUGGCUAUUCUACAUAUUCCUCAAGUCCUGCUUUGUCGCCAUUUAAAUGGUAUGCAUUCAUUUGAAUGCAGCGUUAGGGUUUUUCUAUAGAUCUCUUGAAAAAGAGGAUCUCCCCUGGAAAUCUUAUUCUGGGAUAGAUGUGCAGUGGAUGUGCUGGACCCAGUAAUGGGCUGGAUGAGAGCCAAUAAACUGAAGCUCAAUUCAGAUAAGACUGAGGCACUGUUAGUGGGUGGUUCCCUAGACUGGGUGGAUUGGAGGUUGCCUGCUCUUGAUGGGGUUCCACUCCCUCUGAAGGAGCAGGUAUGUAUCUUGGUGGUACUUCGGGAUCCUGUGCUGUCACUUGAGGCUCAGGUGGCCUUGGUGGCUUGGAGUGCCUUCCAUCAGCUUUGGCUAGUGGCCCAGCUGCACCCCUAUCUGGACAGGGAUAGCCUAACUACUGUAGUCUCUGCUCUGGUAUCCUCUACAUUAGAUUAUUGCAAUGUGUUAUACUUGGGGCUGCCUCUGAAGGCGUUUGGAAACUUCAGCUGGUGCAGAAUUCAUUGAGCAGGUUGCUUACUGGGGCAAGAUGGUGUAGUAUAUAGCGCCAAUCCUGGCCUAACUGUAUUGGCCGCCAAUUAGUUUCCGUGCCAAAUCCAAAGUGCUGAUUUUGACAUAUAAAUCCUCAAAUGGUUCAAGAGACCUCAAGGCCUGCCUCUCCCCAUAUUAACUGACCUGGACUCUGUGAUCAUUAUCUGGGGUCCUUCUUUGUGUGCCCCUUCCACAAGAGGUCCAGAGAGUGACAACACGAGAACCGGCCUUUUCUGCAGUGCUCUCCAUUUGUGGAAUUCUCCCCCCAGGGAGUUUCACCUAGCACCAUUGUUAUAUCUUUAGGCACCAGGCAAAAACUUUUGUCUACAACCAGGUUGGUCAUAAAUCACUUUGGGUUGCCCUGGGCAAGAUAAAGCAAUGAACAAAUUCAAUAAAUAAGAAAAAUGAUGAUGAUGAUAUGUUUCAAAUCAGUUUGCUUAUUCUGUCUUCCACAGUAACAUAGGAAGCUUCCUUAUACCAAGUCAGACCAUUGGUCCAUCUAUCUUAGUAUUGUCUACACUGACUGGCAGCAGCUCUCCAGGAUUUCAUGCAGGAGUCCCUCUUACUCCUACCUGGAGAUGCCAGGGAUUGAACCUUCGGCUUGCAAGGCAGAGCAGACACUCUGCCACUGAGCUGUGGCCCCUCCCCAAAACUCUACGAAGGCCUGCUUGCAAGGGGGGGGGGAGCAUCUUCAAAGGCUCUUUACUGAUAAAAGCCCUUGGCAGAGCACACUGGUAAACUGAUGCUUGGCCAGCUUCCUGUGCCCUGUCAUAACUCUGGGAGUGAUGGAAGGGCACAGGGCAGUCCUCCCUCUUGCAGGGCUUGGAAACUGCCACUUGCUUCUUGGAUUCAGGGCAGUUUGUAGUUCCAGCUUCCUAUAAGGGCAGUUGCAGGGCAGGCAGGAAAGACCUGGAUUUUGUUGAGAAAAAGUAGGGCUAAGGUAGGUCUGUCCAUUCUCAGUAGGCUUUGUGCCAAAGGCUCACUGCAAGAGCCAGAGCUGUGCUUGGUGCAUGUGACUUGUGGCCUUAACAUUUGAGCUGCGGGUCUCCCCCCUUCUGAUCUCAGAGCCCCAGAGCACCCUCGGCAGAUGCUGCUGGUCUGCCCAGAGUGGCCGCCUCCCAGCUUUCAGCUUUGCCCAGAAUAAUCACUGGUGGGUUUGCUGCAGUGCUGAGGUUCCCAUAGGGCCAGCAGUGGACAUUCCACCCCCCUCCUGGCAGGUCCUAGCUCAAUUUGUCACUGGACACCAACUUUGAGGUCAUCAGUGAAGCACUCAGAGACAAGAGGGAAGCCCUGGAUUCAGGGGAAACGAGGGUGAUCCAGGUGUUCAGAAUUCCCCAGGAGCAUUUUGCUACUGACAUGGGUCUAGUUACCCCUGCGUGUGUUUCUUCUUCUUGCAUACUGGGACAAAUGAAUUCUUGUAAGAACAAGUUACAGUCAAGCAAUGUAGUUGAGAUCAUACAAUUGUGGAAUUGGAAGGUACCCCAAGUGUCAUCUCGUCCAAUCCCCUGGCAAAUAGACUUUCCGUUGUGGUGACCAAAACCUAGAUCCAAGGUGCUCCUAGCUUAUAUCUGAGUUUCUAACACUGGGAUUGGUGUUCUCUUGAUGGCAGGGUUUAGUGGUGCAUCUUAAGCACCACAUCUGCAAAUCAAUCACUAAAGCACCAAACGUGAACCCAAUUUGAGGGAUGGAAACUGCUUUGAAGAAGCCAUUAUCCUUGUUUAGACCUUACCAGACAAAAACAGCUUAAUAUCCACAAAUUGCUAUGAUAAGGAAGAGUUGGGUUUCUGGGAUUUCCAUGGAUAAUUUUGGACCAGGAGCUCAUAAGUGCUGUGGCUUCUUUCUUGAUCUCAUGCCAGUUGUGAUAUCAGCUGGGGAGUAGCAGUGAGCCCAUCUGGUGCCUCUCCUGCCUUGGCUGUAGCUUCCUGUUGCUAUGCAUGGGGCAGGCGGGUGUGGAAUGAAGCUGGCAUUUUCCUGCACGUUGCCUUUACAGAACUUGCUGCAUACAGAGCUGCUGGAGCAGGAAGUGCUAGACAAUGCCACCCUUUCAGCUGAGCCUUGACCAUUUCCCUCUGUGGGUCCAGGAAACCCUCAGCCCUGAGGGUUUUGAUUCCAGUGUAUAAACCUUCCAGGAAAGGGAUGGUGAUCUGAUGCAGGGGGGAGGAGACAGGGCCCCAGAAUGUUGCCUUGCACCUUCCUAACCAUUUCCCCCACCCCACCCCCCAAACUCAGCCAGAGAAGCCUCAUUCAUGAUUCUGCAGCUGGGCCUGGAAUCCCUGCUGGGUGAAGCCUUUUCAGAGUGACACUGCAGCUGUCAGCUCAGCAGGAGUGCAAGGCUUCCUUUUCUCCCCACCCCCAGAUGAUGAAAUUAUUUUGUGGGAGGAGAGGGGGUGCAUAAACACCUCAUAGAAAGUCAUGGGAUCCCUGUGGUUUUGAAGAGAGAACAGUGACUCUCCACAGAAUGUUCAGUACACAUUUGAAUCUAGCACUCCAGAUUGCAUGCUUGGAGGCAAAAUCCAGUUCUCAGGGGCAAGGCACUGCACAGCCCCAAAGGAAUGACAGAUUUCAAGAGAAAAGCAUCCGUGUUUUGAUGCUUCCUGGAAGUUUUCUGACCUCCCCCAGAAGGUUUAUACGCAGUCUUAGAAGGACCUUCCUAAAAUGUUGGGUCUUUCCCUGCGUCCUGUGACGUGUCUUCAUGGUUACAGGGGACUCAGAGUUGGGUGGACUUCUACAGAAGUUUGCUUUGGGGAGAUCUGACUGAGAGGUUUGACUGAACUGAUCUGAGCUGUAACAAGAUGAGCCCCAUCCCAAGUUAAGCUGUUGGGGACCAUGGUAUGUUAUGGUGAUGCUGUAUGUUCCGUUUGCUUGACUGGCUACUGAUUUUAACAUCUGCCUUGCACCAAGAGGCACCAGGGGCAUGGCAUGCCUUGAUCUGCUUUUGGUACUCGAGUGUUGAUUCCCUUCAGAGCAUCCAAAGGUAGAAAGGCCCACUUUCAGUACCUGGACUUGAAGGCCUUGAGCCAGCCCUUUGUAACUUGAAUUGAUAUUGGGGUGGGUGGUAGGUUUGCUCUUGUUUAGCAGAGGCAAAUACUGAGGCUAGUGAGCUUCUGUGCUGCCCUAAAUUAGGUUGUAUGACGAAGCAAAGUCACAGCUUUUUGGAGAGAUCUUUAAGACAGGACUAGUGAGUCCUGGCAGAGGGCAAGAGCAAAUCUCGAUUUACCUUUAAGAUAUCCAAAUAUGGAGCUUGGUGAUAGGCAGUGCUGAGUCACUCUGUAAGAUUUCCUCAGUUUACUCAGUCAGGAUGAGAAGCGCAGGCAGGGAAAUGUGAGGCUGCUUCCGUGCUGAGCUUCUGACACUUGUUUAUCUCAUCUAGAGCAGACCACAGAUGGGAAAGUUGUGCCACUCUGUCCUUGUACUCUUCUGGGUGACCACUUUAUUAAUCUUUCAUCCAGAUCUGUUUGUACAAAGCUUAUGCGGGGGCCAGACCAUGUCCAGUCCUUGCUGAGCAUUUGUUCUUAUUUGUUUUUCCUUCCAGUUAAUUAUUUGUUUAUCGCACACCUUUCAGUACAUUUCCUCAUCACUUUCCUAACCUCAAAAGUCCAUCAUCUUCUUUAGGUGGAUUUGUCACUAUAGAGCACUCUCAUUCACUUUAAUUGUACAAACCUCCAGUGUGUACUUUAAACCCUCUCUAGGGGCUGUGCUAGGAAAUGUUCUCUAUAUAUCAGAAUGUUCCUGAGUAGUGCGCUGUGCCGUACAUGGAAUAGCUAUGAUUGUGACACCCUUUGCAGCUCUCUAAAAGCUAUUUCAUGUUUCAUGUAAGUUAUCUUUUGUUAUGGUCAUAAGACCCAUCGAAAAAAUACAGAUUGCGGAUAACGGUAUACUAAAUAUUUCAUUUCUGUAGUACAGAGCUUUCCAAACUUUUCAUGUUGGUGACAAAGUUUUUAGACAUGCAUCAUUUUGUGACAGAGUAAUUCAACUUUACUAGCACACCAGAGGUUAAACUAACUCCUUUCCAGCCCUGGGAGGAGCGCAGGGAGCGGUCACACGACACACUUACACACUACUAACAGGUCACGACACAUAGUUUGGAAACAUUAGAGAUCCACUUCACAUCACUUCACUGUAAAGUGAGAUAGUGUUGGUAGGAGAAGCAGACCUAGCCAGGGUCUUCUGCAGGUGGCUUUUUAAUAAGGGUAACUGCUAGACCAGCAGUUCUGAAAGUGGGUGGUACUGCCCCUCCCGGGGGGGGGUUACUGGGGGAGUAAAUGACUAUCAGACUUUGAAAAGCUGGUAUCACUGGGUCAAGUUCAUCAGCUUUGUGGAAUUGAACUAAAUAGUUUUAAUUGGAUUUUGAAUAAAUGUGCAUUUAAUUGUUACCGUUCUGAAUAUUAUUGUGUUAUUAUAUUUCUUAGUGGCUCAUGCAAACCGCUAUUGUGAAUAAUACAUUUUAUAGGGUAGGACAGCGAGCACUAGGGUUGAGUUUAUGGGACCAAAGGGACAGUGGCCUGAAAACUACUAUGCUAGAGGAUAACUAGGGAUCUGUCAGGAUAAGGGUUUUUUUUCCCCCAAGGGCAGCCCAGAUCUUAGCCUCACCACAUAGCCCCCUCCCUCAACCACCACUGGUGAUUUGUCUGCAAGCAAGACAGACACAUCCUCUAUCACAUCCAGACAUACACUGAGUUCUUGCUGAAGUGCAUCAUUGCUCAUAGAGAAAGCUGUAGGUAGGAUCUCCCUGUAGACUUUGGCAGACAGCCAGGCUGGUGCAACCUCCCAUCUAACUGUGCCAUUCCUAGUUGCCAGAACUGGUGCCUGGAAGUCAUGGAUGCUUGAGCUGAGGUUCCUGCAUUGCAGGGGAUUGAGCCCCCUUCCAACGCUACAGUUCUAUGAUUCUAAAUCUUUCGCUGUCAGGCCGUGAUGCCCAACUGCAGGCCUGCUUCCAAGAACCGUGUACCAGUCGGGGGGUGGGGGACCAUCUUGGGAGUCAGAUGCUGCUGUGCUUUGUCCCACUAAGGGCUUCUUCAGAGGCACAGGAGUUUUUUAUUCAAGCUAAUGGACCCGUGGAAUGAGGAGUAGUGAGUGGAAAAUUGGAGGGGGUCUGAGAAAUUCGCCCUGAAUUGUUGUGCCUGGAGGAAGAUGUCCUGAGGCUUCCAGGUUCCUUCAGGGUUUGUACAUUCCAGCCUCCACUGGACGAAAACUCUGUCUCUGAAUUAUUGCAGCCAAUCCGCAGUCAGCCUAUGUUCAGGACACUUGGGCUGAUUUCAGCAUCCCUUGGCCCAUCUCAUUGGCCUCACCACUGUGCCAAGGGGGACAAUUCUUGGCAACUGCUGAGUGCGAGAAACCCAUCAGAAUCUUCUCAGAGAUGGGCGUGGGGAUUGACAUGGUGAUAGCAGCGUUGUGGGAAGGGGGAUUACCUUUCUCUGCAAUUGCAACCUACUAAUGCUUUCCUCCCUCCUCUCCUUUCUUUUUUAGACUGUCAGCAUCAACAAGGCCAUUAAUGCUCAGGAAGUUGCCGUCAAAGAGAAACACGCCAGAAAUAUCCUUUUGGAAUUUGGCAGCUUUGGGGGAAGGUGGAGGCAGAGGCUGCGUCUGCCUUACUGGGGCAAAAUGCCCAUCGUGGCCUGGCCAAGCUGAGCUGGAACAAAGCACCUGUGUUAGGAUUGUGUGUGUGUGUGUGUGUGUGUGUGUGUCUGUCUGUCUGUCUGUCUGUGGUUGUGUGUGUGUGUGUGUUCUGUGCGUGUAGAUGCUGGGCUUUGAGCCUGCUUGUUGCCCGAAAGCACUGCCCUAUAUUCUCCAUGCUCCUUUCCUUGGAGUUCUUUCCUUAGCCUGCAUCUCUCACCAUGCAUCCUGGGGACGCACCACGAGAAAGGAGCCCACACCUUCUGGGCCGUCGUGAGCCGGCUGCCCCUCUCCAGCAAUGCCGUCCUCUGCUGGAAAUUUUGCCACGUCUUCCACAAGCUCCUCCGUGAUGGACAUCCAAAUGUAAGGGCAGCAGCCUCUUCUCCCAAAGCCCCUCUCUGCUCUGGAGGUCUUGAACUGACCAGCUUCCUGUUUCUGCUUGUGGAACUCGGGUGCUGGGAUGCAGGGCGGGUGAUGCCAGUACCAUUUCCCCUCCUACCUGCCUUGAAAUCCAUGUUGAGAUGGAGCCAAUGAAAGGCCUUCAUUUAGAGGCUGGGGGCAGAGCAUGGGGGCAGGGGAGACAGGAUUCCACCUCUUUUCUUUCGGGGGCCGACUAGGACCAAUGCCCUCUUUUGAUUCAUUACUUUUAUCCUACUUCUCUGUCCGCGGACACACUAAGCAGCUUACAAGGUUUAGAAAUGAUCAAGGAAUUGCUUGUCAUUAUAAAAACAAAUCGUUUAAGGCAGCAGCAGAUCAGAUUCAAUCCAGAUCCAGGUUUCAGGAAGCAGAGCGGCUUUAAAAGCCAGCAGUGAAAGGUAACAGCUGAAGACCUAAAGCCUUGUUGAAACCAGUUUUCAGUAGACAUUAAUAAAGAAACAGCCUGACAAGCCUCCAGGGCAGGAGUUCCACAAUACUGAAAUAGUAUAAUGUUACUUUUAAAAAAUAAAAAUAAAUCAUUUUUGGUCACCAACAAUUUAGUAACAUAUCUAAUGGUGAUAACCCGUAAGGAAAUCUGAGAUAAAUAUAUGCUUAAUUAUAGCAUUAUAAUAGUGCUCUAACCCUAUAUCAUUUUUUUUAAGUUGCAAAAGUCUUUGAGAUUUAUUUAAAGAUGGAUUUACCCCCCCCCCCCAAAGUAGGAUCAUAAAGUGGUACCCACUGCAAGGGCCACCCCAGGGUUUCCCAGACAUCUGAGUUCAUUGACCCCUUCAAGGGGAUCCUCAGCACUGGUUCCAGGGGCCCUGCCUACUCCUAGACCUGUGGGGUGUCUGGCUCAUACCCUGAGGAGUCGAAAUCUGGUCCCAGGUCAGUGCUAGGCAUGACAACUCCCUACCUGCUCCAUGUGGUCCUGUUGCUACCCAUUGCUGAGAUAGGGUCCCGCUUCCCAGUCUACUGCCUUCAUCAUAUUGCUUCCUUGAGCCACCCUUUCUUUUAAACAGCCUCCUGGGCGCUCCAGAGUCCCUUUCUGAUGGUGUCAAUUCUCUGCCAUCUGCACCAUUUUUCUCAAACCUCGUCCACCUCCCCUUCCUUCAGCCUCCAGUUUUAGGGUUCAGUGCCUACCCUGCACCUUUCCUUCAGCUUCCUCACCUCAGGGCUGCUUGGUCCCCUAAACUUCCCAUGUCCCAGGACUCCUUCCUAGGAUACUGCUGCCCCUGUGUGAGGUUUUAUUCCCAGCCAGACUUCCAGCUGUCCUUUCCCUCACAGACGCUGGACUGCAAACUGCCUGUAGUUCUCCAUGCAGCUGAGUAUUCAGUCCCACCUCACCAGCUCAGCCAAACAGCAUGGGAGGCUUUGCCACCACAAGCCCGAUACAGGUUAUACAGAUGCGUCGCUGGUAUCCAGUACCUGAAGAUUUUAUCAAAAUCCUUGUCUCCUUUUCUCCGGCAGGUCUUGAAGGAUUCUGUGAGGUACAAGAGCGAGCUCAGCGACACCAGCCGUAUGUGGGUAAGUGCUGGCUGGGCCUGGAGAGAGUCCCAUCAUCUGCUGACAAAUUCCUGAGUCAGGGAGCCAGCUAGAUGCCUCCCCUUUGGAUCAGGAGGGCAGAGAAGUGUGGAAGUCCGCUUGGUAAUGGCACAUGUUUUUUCAGAAGCUCUGAGGCACACAUGACUCCCCAUUCAAUAAACCAAAUUUGGAUCAUACCACCCCCGCCUCCCGAGCUCCCUGCCAAAUUCCCUAUUCCUUGAGCCAGCUGGCCAAGCAUGUUCAAUUCUGAACAGUCGGCUGGUGUUUCUGUUGUUGCUGCUGCUGCUACUCUUAUCAGCCCCUUCUCCUUCCCCACCUGUCUGUUGCCCUUCUGAGUUGACUUCAGGGCUCUUGGGAAGGCAAAGGGUUGUGGGUGGAUGGGUGUUCCACACACCCACUUGGCAUAUGCUGCUAAUAGUUCUUCACACCCACCAGUCUGCCUUUCCAGACAUGCUCCAGUUCAGACUCUUGCUAAUUGCCAGUCUCUGGAGGGCAGGCACCAGUGGAGAAGGAGAUCCAGCCUUUUGAAAGCUGGUCUCCCUGCCCAAGAGUCUCUGAAUGAGAAUGCGGGCGAGGGAAGGCAUUGCACAUCCUGGAAGCUGUGAGUUGGCUUGAUACUGGUUGUAAGACAGAGACAUCUACUACUGAGCCUGUUCCAAGGUCCUUGUAUGAAUUUACAAAGACCUGAAUGCCUUAGGUCCAGGUACCUGUGGUACCGCUUGAAGCCUGAUAUCCCAGGUCAGUCACUGAGGUCUUCAGGAGCUUCGUUGGUUGUUCCCUGAGUUGGCAAGGCUCAUUUGACAAAAACAAGGAACCAAGCCUUCAGUGUCAUCGGCCCAGCCCUGUGGAACACUAUGCCACUAGAUAUUUGACAGACACCUUCUGUGCCAACUUCUAAAUGCCAGCUGAAAACUUUUCUAUUCCGCCAGGCCUAUGCAGGCAAUUCAGAAUUCAUCUUUCCAAUAGUUAAUGGAUGGAUGUUUUCAAACAUUUUCCAGGUUGUUAUUUUAUGGCUUUCUGGUUUCAUUGCUGCAAACCACUUUAAUUUUUUUUUAUGAUACAGCAAGAUAAAAAUAUUUUUACAAAUAAAUACAUAAAUAAAUAAAUAUAUCCUGAAUAAAUAAAAUAAAAUAGCGCCCAGGCACACACAGGCUCUCCUUCCCUCCCUCCCUCCUUCUCACCCCUGAUACAGGCCAGCUCAUGCAAAUCUGUGUGCCAGAGCAGCAUUAGAGUUCUCUUGAGCUUUGGAGAUUCUCCACAUGUGUCUUCAGGGCUGUAGCUUAGCAGGUGCCCCUUAUUCUCAUAGGAACAUAGGAAGCUGUCUUAUGCUGAGUCAGACCCUUUGUCCAUCUAGCUCCAUAUUUUCUGCACAGAAUGACAGAGACUCCGUGGCUUCAGGCAGGAGACACUUCCCAGCUCCAGCUAGAGAUGCUGGACUUGGGGCAUGCCUCCUGCAUGCCAAGCAGAUGCUCUGUCAGUGUCCCUGUAAAAGCUCCCAGUGGAAAAUGCUUAUUUAUUCCCAGGAAGGAGAGAACUCCUCCUGGCAGCCCUGGCCCUCACUCUCUCCUGCCCCCUUCUCCCCCUUAGGGCCACCUGAGCGAGGGCUACGGGCAGCUGUGCAGCAUCUACCUCAAACUGCUGAGAACCAAAAUGGAGUUCCACACAAAAGUAAGUGGGGCUGUUUGCCCCUUCAGUCAUCUGCAAAGCACUCUGGGUACCCAAGGGAUCUCUGGCUGGGCAGAGGAACAAAAAGGCCAGAGGUGGCGGCAACAGCCUCCCUCGGGGAUGCAGAAUUUAGCCCCACCUGGGAACUGGAUGCCAUCACCGACAGGGCAUUGUGGGUCUGAAUUCUCAUGCAGGUGGGACAACCUGAAUUGUCUUGUGGAUCUGUAGAUCACUCCUUUUAAAAUUUACUUGGCAGCUCAGCUGAGUGGAGCAUGGUGCCGAUAAUCAAGGUUACGGGUUCGAUCCCUGUAUGGGACAGCUGCAUAUUCCUGCAUUGCAGGGGGUAGGACUAGAUGAUCCUCAGGGUCCCUGCCUAUGAAUGAUAGCGCUGGAACAGAGUAGGCUGCUUAUACAUAGGCCAACCAUCCAUCCAUCUAGCUCAGUAUUGCCCCAGCUGACGGGCAGUGGCUCUGCUGGGCUUCAGGCAUCAGACCCUCUCAGCCCUACCUGGAGAUGUUGCUGGGGUGAGACCCUGAGACCUUCUGCAUGAAAGGGAGAUGCUCUACCAAUGAGCUACAACCCUCCCCUGAUUUAUGGGCCCCUGGAUUGGACAUGCCAAAGGGAAGGACCAUCUGGAGCUCCCUUUCCACCCACCACAAUACUUCCGGGUGUGUCUGUUUUGCACUGUGGAUGACUCCACCUGACUCUGGCCUUUCCCUCCCUUGUGCUUUAACACGGCCAAAGAAUCUGGGAAGGGAAAAGAUGGAAGACAGUUUUUGUGCCCUGCUUUUAUUCAUCGCCAGCCACUCCUUACUGUUUCUUGCCCUUUCCUGACUGGGAAGCGGGAACUUUGGAAACCACCCAGAGAACUACAGGGCAGUAUAGCUAUGCAGAAGAGAGCCAGAGUGGUGUAGUGGUUAGAAUGCUGCCCUAGGACCAGGGACAGACCAGGGUUCAAAUCCCUCACUCGGCCAGUCACUGUCUCUCAGCCUAACCUACCUCACAGGGUUGAUGUGAGGAUGAAAUGGAGGAGGGGGAGAAAGAAUCAUGUGCACCACCUUGAACUCCUUGGAGAAAAAGGUGGGAGAUAAAUUAAAUGAAUAAAUAAAUAAAUAAGAGGUCUGCAAAUUCCUCUUGGCAUAUGAAGGGUCGGGCUAGGUGGCCUCAAGCAGACAGGCAGGAUGGCGGCAUGUACCUGGGUGUAUUCUCUCUCUCACACACACACACACACGUGUAUGCAAAUUGCUCCCUGGGGACAAACAGCUUGAGCUUUCUUCCUCCCUGCCUGCCUGCCUGCGCCCUUCCUUGGCUCCCAGAACGUUCCUUUGCAAGCCUCCCUUCCCGCGUUGUGAUUGGCUCAAGACAGGCCCAUUUGUCUCGCCUGCAUCCCGUUUGGGGAGUGGAGCUGGCAGCAGGUAUUUAUAGAAUGGAAUCCGGCUGACUGGACCAGGAAGCUUGGCUCAGAACCAGAGUCCUGAGGCAAGCAGGCAGGCGGGGAGGCCUUUGCUUCUGCAGGCCAAGCAUGGUCCCCUCUGGUGGCCAGAGGGUGCUUGUGAAAAGGAGCAGUGACGAACGAGGUGGGGCAGGGGAUUGCCACUGCUUCUGAAGUGUGGCCAGGCUUCACCACUGUGGCCAGGAUUAGCCCAGCCCAUUCUUCAGAGAUCCUGUGGCCACAUUCCCAGGGCUGGUUUCACAUCCUCUGUUCACUUUUUCCUUUCUCAGCUGGUGUUUAUGAUGCAGCUCGCUGUGGUUAAAGGGAUGGAUGUAUUUCCCCUGUGCCACCCUUCCCUGUUCUUCAAAAGGGGUCCCAGAAGAGGCCAUGUCUUAUUCUGGGGGAGCAGAGGGAGAGAAGUUCAACAUCACCUGCCCAAACGAUGGAGGGGAAGCUGCUGAGGGCCAUCGCUGGCUGCAGCCCCACUGCUCUUCCCACUGGGCACUGCCACUCCAGGGAGCUGGAGAGGCAAAAGCCCUGGAAGGGGGUCUGGCAGGAAGAGCCUACUUCAUUGGACCUGCCUUGAGCCACAGCUUUGGCCUGACUUUCUGUCUCCCCUCAUACAGAACCCCAGGUUCCCAGGAAACCUCCAGAUGUCAGACAGGCAGCUUGACGAGACGGGCGAGAAUGACGUGAAUAACUUGUAAGUGUUUCUUGGCAGGGGGUCAGGGUCGGGGGGGGCAUUGGUGGCGGCUGCUUUUCCUUUCUGGGAUCAGGGCAAUGAUGGUAGGCAAGAGGGUGGGCUGCCUGUUUGGUGGUGGCCCCAGGUGGGUGGGUAAAUGGUGGGGCAGAUUUCUUUCAGCUCACAGUUUGAGGCUCUGUCAAGUCUCUUGGCUCCCCUGCUGCAGAUCUCCCUCUGCUAUGUGAAGCCAUGAGCUGCUUCUGGGACUCCACAAAGUUUCUGCUAUGGUCCUGUGGCAGGUAAAAGACCACAGCCUCCACAUUCUCAGUGUUGCAGCAUCUUCCAUUCAGUCUCUCUCUUUCUCACUCAGUUUCCAACUCACUGUGGAGAUGUUCGAUUACCUGGAGUGUGAACUGAACCUAUUUCAGACAGGUAAGGUUUCACAGUUCAAAGCAUGCCAGAUACCUCUGCAAGGCACAAUUCAGGGAGGUGUGGUUAAUUCAUUGGCAGUUUACCCCACUCUUUAUGGAUGGCAAGCAUGUUUUCCCUUCCCUUAGGAAGAAAUUGUUUUUCCUUGGGGCAGAGAAUGUUCCUGGACCCCCAGAAGGCAUCUCCCUUUGCAAACAGAAAACAAAAACACCACACACACAAAAUGGGAGUUUCAGACUAGAGAGAAGGUUGCAGAGUGGAGAAGAGCUCAUCUUCCCCUUGAGGGGCACAUGUGUUCCAGCGUGUGCUUAUCUCUUUUUGUUUCCCUUCUGCUGAGUCCUGCACUGACCUGGUGCAGAUUUUCCUCUCUUUCCUAUGUAUGCACCAUUCUUCCGCUUCCUUCUGGAAUUGUCUACUCCCUGCAAAUUCAGCAUUAUUGCAGGAAAAGGGCAAUUCAGGUCCACAUAUCUAAGAAAGCGUGCCAGGAAACAGGGGUGGGGGAUUUGAAGUGAGACUGUGAAAUAACCCAGGUUCAGCUUCUCUUCAUUUUAAAACACACAAACAGAGUGGACGAAAUUAGCCAGAUGCCUGCAGAGCACUAGGUGCCCAGAUGCACGUUCGCCCACAAAAAACAAAAAGGCAGCAGCUUUUGCGUUGAAGAAGGCUUGGGUGAAAUGAGGAUCAGGAAGAGGGACAGCUCAGGAUUCCUGGCUAGGCUAGCCACGGAACAAAUGGGUUGUAUCUCUUAGAAGAGACAUGAGGGUCUUCCUGAACAAAGUGGAGGAGAAGGCUGUGCAGACAAUGCUUCAUUUUUAACCAUCUCAUUUUUAGAAAGUCUCCUCUUGGAUACUGUUGGGCUUCCUUAACCAUUCUCCACUUUCACUGGCAUAUGCUGCAUUUGAUACCCACUGUGGUGCCACUUUUGAGUCUGGGGUUGCCUCCCUUGUUAGUUGGCCAGCUGUUCUAGGGCACAAUCUUUAGAAAUGGCCUAUCUUUGUUGUGACUGGAACAUAUACAGUACUUAUCCAACCCUUUCUGCUUUCCUGCACGCCUUCCCUCCCAGUCUUCAGCUCCUUGGACAUGUCUCGCUCUGUGUCGGUCACGGCUUCUGGGCAGUGCCGCUUGGCCCCACUAAUCCAGGUCAUCCUUGACUGCAGCCACCUCUACGACUACACAGUCAAACUCCUCUUCAAGCUCCACUCCUGUGAGUACAAAUCUGACUGCCCCCUUGGGGGCUUGGAUUCCCUUCCCCCACCUCUCUCAUUCAUUGUGCUCCAGUUAUCACAGCAAUGAUAGUUGUGGUGGCUGAGACAUCCCACACCUCACUCCCUUGCUGAAAGGAUUGUAGGCAUGUAGGAAGCUGUCUUAUAUGGAGUCAGACCAAUGGUCCAGCUAGCUCAGUAUUGUCUACACUGACCGGCAGCAGUUCUCCAGGGCUUCAGGCAAGGAGCCUUUUUCCCAGCCCUCCCUUGAGAUGCCAUUGGGGAUUGAACCUGGCGCCUUCUGCAAACAAUGCAGGUGCUCUCCCACUGAGCUGCAGCCCUUCUCCAUCUUUGAUGUCAGAGCAGCUGCAAACAGAGUCCUGCUUAAUGUUGUAGCAGUUUAUAGUGUUUAACUUUUCCUAAAUGCCAAGAGUGCUUUACAGAUACCUUGGCAGUUCUUUACCAUUUCACUGUCAGUUCGGCCGAUAUAACUAUUUCCAUAUUGGAGCAGGGAGAAAGAGGCUUGCCUAAGGGCAUUUAGUUAUGAUCUUGGCCAUUGUGAUACGCCAGUACCCUGGAAUGUGCAAGGUAGAGUAGACAAUGAAACUCCUGAGCAUGCGCAGAGUACCCUUCCCUCAUCACCGAAUAUUAAACCAGCUUCCACACCUCAGGUCAGGAGCUCAGGGAGGCUUACAAGGCUGUGACCAAGCACUUCUGUCCCUUAACGGUUUCUGGAGGUGCAUCAUUGCUUUGCCCAACCUGACAAAAUCAUAGAAUUGCAGAGUUGGAAGGGACCCUUCCAAUGCAGGAAUCUGCAGCUGUUCCAUACAGGGAGCAGAGUGCCUGAGGGAGCAGGUGCUGCAUGUGUGCCUUAGCAGGGCUGACUGCUCAGCUGGUUAUUUUGCUGGUGUGCGCACCUCUAUCUGUCUCCCUACCCCCACAAACAUCACCACUCCCGAAGGCAUUGGCUGCAUAAUCCAGGUUUUCCCUGAUCUCACUCCCUUUCUGGGCAUCUCUUCUCCAGGUCUCCCAGCUGACACACUCCAAGGCCACAGGGACCGUUUCCUGGAGCAGUUCAAAAAGUAAGUGUGUGAAUGGCUCAGUUCCUGGCUGAGAGCUGGUAACAACUCGGAAUUUCACAUUUAUUUGUUGAGAUUUUAAAACCGUUAGAUCGAAGAGCUCUCCAAGCGGUGUAUGAAUGCGAAAAUCCACAAACCAAUUUUUAAAAAUGAAUAUACAAAUGCAAUCAUAGUUAAAAACACAGAUAGGGCCAAUAAAGCUUUGCUUCACUCUUGAGGCUGGCAGACCCCCCCCCCCCGACUAUCCAGAGGCCCACUCAGGAUGUGUUCAUGGACUUGAUUGCCUUUGCUCUUGUGCUCUGCAGGCUGAAGGAUCUGUUCUAUCGCUCCAGCAACCUUCAGUACUUCAAGCGGCUUAUUCAGAUCCCACAGCUGCCUGAGGUAAGACCCUUGUGGGCCUUCAACAAAUGCCACCCACAGGUUCCCUUGUACUAGCAUUUAAGUGGAGGGGCUGCUACUGCUGUGCCUUUUGAACUCCCAAGGUGGAAGAUGUGCAGGGCAGGAUUACUCCGUCCUGCAUCGUGUGCCUCUACUCAGUGUUGCAGUUCUCGAGUUUCCCAGCUUCACCCUUCUUUCCAUCACCAGAAUCCACCCAACUUCCUGCGGGCCUCAGCGCUCUCCGAGCACAUCAGCCCUGUGGUUGUCAUCCCAGUGGAAGCCUCAUCCCCCGACAGUGAGCCCAUCAUGGACCUUGUGGAGAUGGAAACGUCUUCUCAGAAGGUGAGUGGAGGGGCAGAACUCCUCAAGUGAGAAUCUGGACCUGGCCCACGAGAGGAGGGGAGGGCAGCCGUGUUCUGUUUUCAGGGAAUAUCUCUCUAUGCACCACUCCACAGGCUACUGUUCUGCAGAACAUUAUUUCAACUAAUUUCAACUAAACAAACUCUUCACCAGUUUCCAGCCUUGUUGUGUUCUCCUGAAUGAGCCUGCUCAUACCGUCAGCAGAGCCCAAUGCAAAAGGACUUAUUCAUGCAGAGAGACCGUUGUGCGAACAAAGAUGAAUAAAUAGAGAACCCCUUUUAGAAUUUUGUGUGGAAAGGAAAAUGAAUGAAUUUGAGACAUUUGGGUCUGAAGAUUGGGGAAAUAUUGCUUAGCACAAGGAAGAACAGCUGGUUGUCAUCCUCAGAGUGAAAACUUUGAAUGAUCUACUUGUAUGUAACUGAAAGAUGGAAAAUCAGAAGUCCUUUUUAUAUCUUUUUUUCUUCUCCUAUUUUUAUUUUCCUCCUUUUCUCUCUCUUUUCUUCUCCUUGUGUCCUCUACUCUGGGCCACUAUUGGGAUUAUACACACCUGGAGGUGAAGGAUGGUUGGUGAGGUACCCUGUUUGAGAGACAGGGAAGAGAAGAGCUCCCAGGGUGGGAGAUUGGGAGAAGAAAAGGAAGCUCUCAUGUGGGAGCUGGGAGAGUCCACAAGAGUUAAGCUCUACCUUUGAGAGGGGACUUUGUGUUUUCUUUUCCCUUUCCUUUUCUGUGUGUGUCUUCAUUUAGAUUAGGUUUUUUAUGAAAAAGCCUUAAUAAAAUGUUAUGAAAAAUGAAAAAAGGAACUCCCACAGGAGGCAAUGAUGGCCACCAAAUAAUAAUAAAAUUAUUAUUAUUAUUAUUAUUAUUAUUAUUAUUAUUAUUAUUAUUAUUAAUUUAUACCCCGCCCAUCUGGCUGGGCUUCCCCAGCCACUCUGGGCGGCUUCCAAAAAAAAUAUUAAAAUACUGUACUACAUAAAACAUUAAAAGUUUCCCUAAACAGGGCUGCCUUCAGAUGUCUUCUAAAAGUCUGGUAGUUGUUGUUCUCUUUGACAUCUGGUGGGAGGGCAUUCCACAGGGAGGGCGCCACUACCGAGAAGGCCCUCUGCCUGGUUCCCUGUAACUUGGCUUCUCGCAGUGAGGGAACUGCCAGAAGGCCCUCGGUGCUGGACCUCAGUGUCCAGGUAGAAUGAUGGGGGUGGAGACGCUUCUUCAGAUAUACUGGACCGAGGCCAUUUAGGGCUUUAAAGGUCAGCACCAACACUUUGAAUUGUGCUCGGAAACGUAUUGGGAGCCAAUGUAGGUCUUUCAAGACCGGUGUUAUAUGGUCUCGGAUGUCUUUAAGAUAGGAUGUCUUUAAGAGAGGAUUAGAUCAAUGCAUGGAGGGAAGGGCUGUCAAUGAAUAUUAGCUACAAAGGCCAUGCUCUGCCUCCAUAGCAGCAAUGGUUCUGAAUACCAGUUGCGGGAAACAGCAGAAAGGGAGAGAGUGAUUUUGCUCUUGGGUCCUGCUUGUGGGCUUCUCAUUGAUGCAUCUGGGUAACCAUCGUGAGACCAGGAUUCUGGGCUAGAUGGGCCAUUGACUUGGUCCAACUGGCCUUUAUUAUGUUCUUAUGUUAAAAUAUUUUCCUGGACUGCACACUUCAGCUUGGAGACAGUGCUGGCUUUGCAUGUAUGUAAAAAAAAAAGGUGAAGGGGUCAGCUGAGAUUUCUCCACAGCAUGUUGAAAAUGUACAGGGAAUCUGUUGCAUUCAAAUAAUCAUCCUGCCACCUGAACUACAACAAUUCAGGGAGCGUUUUGCCACCAUUCUCUUAAUGGUGUCACCUGGUCCCUGGGGGGCAUUGUUGUUAAAAUAAAGUAGGAUCAUAGUCUCCUCUUUUAAAUUUGUUUUGUCAAAAGACCACAAGGUGGUUUGCAGCAUAGAACACAAAUGUCAACACAUAACUUAAUUUUUAUGUAGUAGAGACAUGAUAACAGUUAUAUAAAUGCAGUUUAUAAGAAUUGCGUAAUAAAAUACAGAUUUUCGUAAAAGCGACAGCACACAAAAAUGAAGCAGAAAAUCAGCAGCAGGGUAUCUAAACUGCAAAAGCAGUGUGCAAAUGCAGAAUCUCCUCUCUAGCCAAAGGUAAUUCUUAAUCUCAAACCCCACAAAAAAUGACAGAUCCUCCCAGCUCUCACCUGAGAGCUUUCCUUUCCUUUCCUGUCCCUGUCUCUCAUCCUGGGGGAUCUUCACUUCCCUCCUAUCUCUCGGGGUCCUUCCACUAUCCACCCCCUUCGUCCAUCCAGAAGGAGAGACACCAGAGGGGUAAUUACCUUUGGUAUUUCCCCCCUCAGGGUGGCCCCCACUGCCGUUGGCCCAUGACUGAGCUCCCUGCAGUAUACAUGGCUUUUCUCUCCCCAUCCUGAAACACACUCUCAGGCUUGGUGUCAAGUCCAGUGCCGGCCAAUCAACACUGCCUUAUGCACCAAAUUGCUCCCUUCUGUUUUCUUAAUAACUGUCUAUCAGAACGCCUAUCACUGCUGCUGAAUGUCUCUGUCGGAAACCACUGGGGCAUCUCCAGGAGCCCCUCAGGGGUGGGGCUCGCUGGUGAAAACAGAUUGCAGAAGCCCAGCUGUUCUUUGUCUUGCUUGUGAAGGAGGAAUCUGCCCUUCACAGUUUAGGGCCAACAGGGAUUUAUCUUUUGUUUUACAAUUUUUUGUUUUACAAUUUCAAAUAAAUAUUUUACAAACUUUAAAAUAUCCAUUGACUUCCCUUCUUCUCUUUCCAUGGUUACAUAUCAAACACCCCUACAUAUAUUACUAUAACCAUUCAAAUCAAUUUUCCACUUUUACAUCCAUUAAAAAUGAUUUACUCUGUUGAAUUUAUCUUAAAGCUGCCAGCUUUUUCAGCUGUACACAGUUAUUUUCCAUAUAUUCAAUAAAUGUUUUCCAGUCUUCUUUAAACAUAUGUUCUUCUUACUUUCUUAUUCUAUAUGUUAAAUCAGCAAGUUGUGCAUAUUCUGUCAACUUAAGUUGUCAGCCCUCUUUAGUUGGGACCUCACUCAAUUUCCAUUUGGGGGCUAGCAACACACAAGCCGCAGUUGUUGCAUACAUAAAUAACUUUUUCUGACACCUGGGAAUUUCAGUUUAGGUAAUCCCCAGCAAAAAGGACUCUGGUUUUUUGGAGAAAAGUAAUUUUGAACAUUUUUUUUUUCAGUUCAUUAUAAAUCAUUUCCUUUUACCUUUUAACAUGUCCACCACAUGUGGAAGAAGGUUCCUGCCAUUUCUUUAUACUUCCAACAUUUAUCUGAUUCUAUCUUAUAAAUCUUAGACAACCUACUCAGCAUCAUUUUCAAAUAGUUCUCUUUCAAUGAAUAGCAUGCUGUAAAUUUCAGGUCGCUUUUCCAGAGUUUCUCCCAGAUGUUGAGAUCUCUAUUGUGUCCUAUAUCAAUUGCCCAGUGUGUCAUUGAAGCUUUAACAAGCUCGUCUUUUGUUUCCCAUGCUAAUAGAAGAUUAUACAUUUUAGACAGAAGUUUAUCCUUAUUUUGAAACAGCUUUUUCAAAUUGUGAGCUUUGGUCCAAAAAUCCAUUCUUUCUCUGUAAUUUAUCAUGUAACUGGUGAUAUUGCAACCAAUCAGUAACUUGGAUCCCUAGGCUUUCCAUUGAUUUCAGUUUGGGUUCCCCUCCCCCCACACACACACUGUAAAAUUCAGGAGUUCCCUGUAAGUUGCCCAUUGUCUAUCCAUAUUAAAUCUCUUAAUUGUAAUUGCUUCAAUGAGUAAUAGCCAUAAAAGUGUUUUUCUUUCCAGCAGAUUUUUAUAUUUCUCCCAAACUCUAUACAGAUUCUUCCUAAGAAUGUGGUUCAUAAAACUCUUACAGAUUUUAGCCUUCCCGUACCAAAGAUAUGCAUGCCAGCCAAAUUCUAAAUCAUGAUCCUCUAAAUCUAGGAUGUCUGCAUUGUUAAUUACAAUCCAUUCUUUUAACUAACACAAACAAGCUGCCUCAUAGUACAUUUGCAAGUCUGGCAGAGCAAAACCUCCUCUUUCUUUUAUAUCUGUCAUAAUUUUAUGUUUAAUUCUUGGCUUUUCCCCCUGCCAGAUGAAUUUAGAAAUAUAUUUUUUCCAUUCUUUGAACAACAUCCUAGGCAAUAAAUUCAUUUUAAUGGCUGAAAUUCUACCUAACAGGGAGUUUCAUCCCCCCAUAUCUCCAACUCUUUCUUAACCUCUUUCCACAAUUUAAUAUUAUUUUCAAAUAGGUUGAGAUUUCUUAUUGACAGCCAAAUUCCCAAAUAUCUAACUUUUUUACCUAUUUGCAGACCAGACAUCCUUUCUAAAAAAAUAUUUAAAAAUUGACUGCUCAUCCAUGUUUUUGACCAACAUUUUGGUUUUAUCUGAAUUUACUUUAAAACCCACCAGUUUUCCAAACCUUUUAAUUUCUUCUAAUGCUUUGGGAAUGCUCUCCAAAGUGUCAAUACCACAUCAGCAGCAAAUGCCCUUGAUUUUUUAAACUCUAUGUCCCACCUCAAUCCUUUUAAUUUCCCUAUUUCUCCUUAUAUUCUGAAGCAAUAUUUCUGAUGCCAUAAACAACAGGGGAGACAGGGGACAGCUUUGUCUUGUUCCUUUUUCUAUUGGACAUUUGUCUGAAAUAAUAUUAUUUACAGUGGUGCCCCGCAAGACGAAUGCCUCGCAAGACGAAAAACUCACUAGACGAAAGGGUUUUGCGUUUUUUGAGUCGUUCCGCAAGACGAAUUUCCCUAUGGGCUUGCUUCGCAAGACGAAACGUCUUGUGAGUUCUUGCGAGUUUGUUUCCUUUUUCUUAAAGCCGCUAAGCCGUUAAUAGCCGCUAAGCCGUUAAUAGCCGCUAAGCCGCUAAUAGCCGCUAAGCCGCUAAUAGCCGUGCUUUGCAAGACGAAAAAACCGCAAGACGAAGAGACUCAUGGAACAGAUUAAUUUCGUCUUGCGAGGCACCACUGUAUUAAUAUUUACGGAUUGAUCAGUAUAGAUUGCUUUAAUUCCUGCUAGGAAAGAGUUACCUAUUUCCAUUUUCUCUAAAACCUUGAUCACGAAUGAACAUGAAAUGUUAUUGAAGGCUUUCUCCGCCUCUAGAAAGAUUAGAGCAGCCUGUUUUUCAUUUCUUACUUCCAAAUACUCUACUAAAUUAAUUACAUUUCUUAUUUCUUAUAUUGUCCUUCGUUUGUCAGCCUGGUAAAAACCUGGCUUGGUCUCUGUGGACUGACUCAGUUAGUGUCCUUUUCGGUCUAUUAGCUAAAAUUGUAGGAAAUAGUUUAUAAUCAUAGUUCAGUAAUGAAAAAGGUCUGUAAUUUUUAGUCUUUGUUAAGUCAUUAUCUUGUUUGGGGAUCAAGGUAAUGAAUGCAUCCUUCCAUGACACUGAGAUUACUCCAGUCUCCAAAAUUGUAUUCAUGAUGUCCUUAAGUGGUUCUACAAGUGCAUCCUGGAACUUUUUAUAAUAAAUUGCAGUAAGUCCAUCUGGCCCCUGUGCUUUUCCCAUCAUUCUGUUUAUAGCCAUUUGCGAUUCCGAUAUCAGUAUGGGUGCAUUCAGACUUUGACAGUUUUCCUUAGAUACUCAGGAUAUGCUACAGUCCAUUUUCUCAAAGUCCUCUUUCUCACAGCAGUAUAGUCAAGUAUAAAAUUUGUCAAACGCUUUCCUUAUCUCUUUUGAGGUAGUCAGAUGCUUAUCCUCAUCUACAAUAUUAUUUAUUGUCUUAUUCUUUUCUUUUUAAAGUUGUCAUGCUAGCAGUUUACCAGGUUUAUUAGCAAAUUCAAUUUUUUUUCUGUUUCAUUAAUUUAAUUUUCAGCUCAAUCUCUUUAUUAACUAACAUAAAAAUUGUGCUUGCUGGAGUUUAAUCGCUUGAGAUAUAUCUUUAUCCUUUGGUUUUGCGAUUAACUCCUUCUCCUUCUUCAAUAAGGCAUGUGAUAUCUCCUGCUUCUUUUUUCUCCUUUCCCUUUUAUGAAAAGCACCUUGCUGAAUUAAAAAACUUCACAUUGCUGCCUUGCUGGCAUCCCACACUACACUUAAACCUCUUUCUUCACUUAGGUUGAGGUCAAAAAAUUCUUGUAGGGAGCGAAGGGCCAACAGGGAUUUUUCAGCUGCUGGCUGAUCCACUAGCUGAGAACCUUUUAGCUCUCAUGCCACUGGCUGGUGGCUCCCAGCUAAAUACCUGAGCAGUGGGAGGAGCAAGCACAAGCUCAGGACACAAGCUGAAGUCUCCCAGGUGUUUCCCUUCCCUUUCGCUCCAGUCUUUUCCUUCAGCAAGCAGCCUCUGCUCUGACAAUACAGGAGAGAGGGAGGUCAGAACAUUGUUAAAGCUGCAUCCUUUCAAUAUUGCAAUUAUUGCCACCUUCUAAGGACCCUAGCAAAGACCCUUCCAGCUCUUGAAUGGAGCUAACAGCCUCCAUCUCUUCUUCCUCUUUCAGAGUCUCUUUGACAAUAAGUUUGAUGACCUCUUUGGCAGUUCAUUCAGCAAUGAUCCGUUCAACUUUAACAGCCAGAAUGGGAUGACCAAGGAUGACAAGUGAGUGAGGGUUCUUCUCUGAAUGCCCUUCCUUCCUUUGUUAGAGGCUUUCAUCAUCAUUGCACGCUUUAAUUGCAUCCAAGGUACACUGUGUUUGUGUGUUAAUGGCUUAGAUGAUCAGUCUGGGGGUUUGGUGGGUCAUGGAAUGCCCCCAUCUCUUCUAGAUUUGAGUCUGCUCCCAUGGUCCUGAGUGAGGGGCUUUUUUAAAUGAAUGCUAUCUGUCCUCCUGACAGAUUGAAAACACGACACCAACCUAUCUCUCCCUUUUUCCAGGGACCGGCUAAUUGAGCAGCUGCACAGGGAGAUCAGCACCCUCAAGGAUGAGCUGAAGAACUUCAAGGCCGAGGUGAAUGAAAUGUCCCCGUUGCUGUUGGUAACGCAUGAAAGGUGCCUUUCAGACUGGCACCUAUCUCUGGGCCAGAGCCCAGCUCUCAGGAAGGGAGGUUUGCAGGGCAAAACAGGAGAAUCCCAGAAGGUGGGGUAGGACAAUUGCACACAUAGCCUCCACUGCUUUUAAUAUCAAGGCAAAAGUUGUAAAGGGUUUCACAAGUCCAAAAUGCUGCAUCAGCAAGACCUGGGGAAAUGAAAGUCUCUUUUUGCAGACACAAGAGCAACCCAGAGCCAAGCUCCAUGUGGCCACCACUACCUCUGUCAGUUCCUGCCUCUCUUCUCUGUCUCUUGUUUGGGUUACCUCAAAUAAUGGGCAGACAAAUCUGCUAAAUGUCACUGGGAACAGAGGAAAAACAGCAUGCUGGCCUUCCCCAACCUGGUGCCCUCCAGAUGUUUUGGACUACAACUCACAUCAGCUCCUGGAGGGCAGCAGGUUGCAGGGAGUGUCCAUCCAUCAGCAAGUGUUUUUUUGGGGGGGGAGGGCAGGAGUGAUCAAUAGUCAGGAUGGUCCAGGCUACUGGACUGUGAGGACAGCACUUGCAGCUCACAGCCCAAGACUAAGAAACAGAUGUGUUGUUGGGGGUUGUAGCCAUUUAACAUUGUAAACACACAUGUGUGUGUACACAUGCACCUCAGCUGAUCACAAUUAUAGGGGAGGCAUUUUCUGAAUGUGGAGAUGUCCCAAACUCAGGGGUGCCCCUUCCGUCUGAUGUGCAGUCCUUGUUUAAUUUGUUUUGGGGGUGCUCUGUGACCUGCUUCACUUGGCCUCCCCAGCCAAGACUGUGUACCCUCUCCUGACCCCCCACAAAUCUUGUCAGCGGGUCCCCUAAUCCCCUCCCCUCUCCAUUGUGGGCCCUGCAGAGCCACCGCCUGGUGCAGCAACUGAAGGGGCGCAUCAACGAGCUGGAGGCGGAGCUGGCAGAGCAGCAGCACCUGAAGCAACAGGCCCUGGACGAGAGCGACUUCCUGCGCACAGAGCUGGACGAGUUGAAAAAGCGGCACGAGGACACGGAGAAAGCCCAGCGCAGCCUCACGGAGAUAGAGAGUGAGCAGGCAGAGGGCUGAAUGGCAGCCCCAGCACCAAGUCUCCCAUCUGGGGCUGUGGGGGCUGGUACACCGGGGCAUAGCCCUCCUGCUGAAAAUGUCAAGCAGUUUUUUUAUUUUAAAAAAUCCUGAAAAUCUCAAAACCACACACUCUUUCCUUUCCCACACACAUGCUGAACUUAAAGAGACGUUUAUGUCAGUCUCCUGUUCUCUGGUCAGUCAGCAAUCAGCCAAUCCUCACCCAAAAGUUUAACUAUGGCAACAAAAAGUCCCUCCUGUGUGUCUCUUUAAGUCAGAGGUUUUCAACCUUUUUGAGUCCACGGCUCCCUUGACCAACAGCAUUCUUUCUGCGACAUCGCUGUGGGGUUCAGGAGCCCAUUUAUGUCACCCCUUGCCUCUCACCCUUUUUCGAACACCUUCCCUUGGAGAGUGUUCUCUCAGCCUCCUCUCCCCUCUCAUUGGAAUAAUAAUAAUAAUAAUUUAUUAUUUAUACCCCGCCCAUCUGGCUGAGUUUCCCCAGCCAUUCUGGGCGGCUGGGUGGAAGUCCUCUGGGCAGCCACUGCUGCCGCCACUGGUCUCUGAGUUGCCCCCCCCCCCCCCGCCUCCAAAGAGAGGUGCUUCCUCACACCUCCCCACAGGGGCCUGGGACUUUUCUGUCCACUACCAACUUCAAGGGCUGGUGGACUGGCUGGGCUCCCUCGUCUGCUUGCUUGCUUACUCCGAGGCCGCCUCAGCUCCUGGCAACCAGCACCCCCUGACCAGCCCCAGAGGCACCAUUCUGGAUGGCCAGAAAGUCAACCCUAGUAGGAAAGCGCUCAUUCCAUUUGUUGCUAUGAGGCCUGUCCAGCACAGUCACUAUAGCUGAUAUGGAAGGACUGCUUCAAAAACAGCCAACUGGCCUAGAGGAACCAUACAUUCUUUCUGAGCAUGUUCAGAGUUGGUCCUGAAAGCCAAAGGACCAACAGGGAGUGUUUCCUGCUUUAAGGAGCUUUUUUUUCCCCCUUCAUUUUUAGGAUUUGUGUUGUUUCCUUAUUUCCUAAAUAAGUGCUGUACAAGUCCUAUUGUCAUGAAAACAGCAAAGUUAAGAAUUGUAGCCCUACCAAGUCAAAAUGUUAUCAGCUGCAAUUGGGCAUAUGGGUGCCCGUUUGCUUUGCUUCUGAUCCUGAAGGCUCAGGGUGGAUAGCAACUUGCAAGCACAAACACAUGGGCGAUUAAAAUGAGCAAGAAUUAACACACCACAAGUCAAUUAAAACUAUGUCUUCAUAACAGCCGUGAAAGAAUAUGUCGGUUCAUUUAGCCUAGCUAACCUGGGUUCCAGUUUCUGUCUGUAACAGUUCGAAACUUGUAUAAUAAUAAUAAUAAUAAUAAUAAUAAUAUAAUAAUAAUAAUAAUUAAUAAUAAUAAUAAUAAUAAUAAAUUUUAUUUAUAUCCCGCCCUCCCCAGCCGAAGCUGGGCUCAGGGCGGCUAACAACAAUAAAAUAAUACAACAUUCUAAAAUCAUUUCAUUAUAAAAUUAAUUCAAAUCAAAUUGAUGGCAACCAUUGGGCUAGAGUUCUGUGAAGAUUGCCAAAGGAGGGAGUCAGGCUGUGCCCUGGCCAAAGGCCUGGUGGAACAGCUCUGUCUUGCAGGCCCUGCGGAAAGAUGUCAAGUCCCGCAGGGCCCUAGCGUUCCACCAGAUUGGAGCCACAGCCGAAAAAGCCCUGGCUCUGGUAUGAAAAUCAAGUGGGCUAAUAACAUAAGAAAUUGAUCCCUUCCUGCAAAAAUACAUGGCUAAUUCACCCUGGCCACCAAGUCAUCGCCCUUGUCUGUUUCUGCUACAGGGAAAGCACAAGCUACAGAGCAGCGAUACACAAAGCUGAAGGAAAAGUACAGCGAGCUGGUGCAGAACCACGCAGACCUCCUGCGCAAGGUAACCCUGCAUUGUUCUUCCUUCACUUCUUGGUACUAGAGAGUUGAGGGGUGUCACUUCCUCUGACUUCAUGCAACAAGAUGGGAUUGCAUCUGCUGAAGCACCCUAACGAUGGCCCUGUUAAGUCAGUUAAGAUUCAGUAGCUGUGAACCACUGCCUUCCUUUUGUUAGGAUUUCCACACCCUUUCUGGAUCAGCUAUCUAUGCAUUUGCUUAGAUUUCCACUUACAGCUUUUAUCAUUUCUCUUCAGCACUACCUAGGAAACCAGUAGCUAGGAAGAGAGAGAGAGAGCACUUUGGUAUGUUUCUGCGUUGUACUGAGCAAAAUUCACAGUUUUACCUGGAAUGAGAAAGGAAUUUGAUGAAUCUCUCGAAAGUCAGUCAGUGGCUGAGGAGCCAAGUCAACAGCAUAACCCUCUCGGCAAAGAUGGAGACUGGGCCCAGCGGGGGAUUUGCUGCAAUGUGCUUCCACUGCAUAAGACUUAGAGGGAGGGGGCAAGGGAAAUUCACUGGUGCCACUGAAGAUGGGAAGGAGGGACAGUUACUCCCAUGAGCCCAAGUGGCUGAACCCACGUCCUUUUCUUCCUUUGCCUCCCUCUUCCUGUUCCUUAGAAUGCUGAGGUGACCAAGCAGGUGACAGUGGCCAGGCAGGUCCAAGGUGACGUGGAGCGGGAUAAGAAAGAGCUGGAGGACUCCUUCCAGCGGCUGAGUGAGCAGGCCCAGCGGAAGGUGAGCAGGGGGGCAGAGGGGGGAGCUUCAGCUGAGGGAGAAGAGAAAGGGAGUUCAGAAUGUCUGUUGGAGAAACCUGAUAGGAAAGGGCAUCAACAUUCUUCUUUUCUUUCCACAGACUCAGGAGCAGGUGGAAGUCUUGGAAGCAUUGAGGAGGGAGCUCAUUGUCAGCAAACAGGAACUCCAGACCCUCCGAAGCACCAUUGAGUCCAGCACACAGGUGAGACUCUCCAGCCUGGCCUCUUCCUCAGAGGCCCCGGCGGAAGUUGUGUGUGUGUGUGUGUGUGUGUGUGUGUGUGUGUGUGUAUACACACACACACACACACACACACAACAAGUCUUCUGUAUGACUUCUCCUCGCUUUGCCAUAAUGGCACAGGGAACACCAGCUGUUGGGGCUGCAGCCACCACAAGCAACAGAAGUGGAAGCAGAAAAGGCAGUUGGGAGAAGGAGGGGAGCAAGAGGCUGGGUUGGCCCAGUUGUGGGUGGAAGGCAGGACUGAUACAUCCCCUGGGUGCCCUGGGGACGCAGAAGGUUCCUGCAGGACUGGUGCAGUUUAGGCAAAGUUGAGAAGCCCUCACCUCACCUCUCCUUUUCUCUUCCUUUCUUUUUUCUUUACUUUUUUUUUUUUUUUGGUCUACCUGCUGGCUAGGUCGAAGCAGCGCACAGCACUCAGCUGGCCAGCCUGCAGCUGGAGACAGCCACCCUCAAUGAGACUGUGGCCCAGCGUGACCAGCAGCUGACUGAUUUGCAGGCCGAAGUGCAGCAGCUGAAAGCCACUCUGCAGAGAGAGAAGGAGGACAGCGGCAAAGCAGUAGAGGAGCUACAGAGCUCUCUGGAGGAAAGGGUAAGGUGUGGAUUGGAGGUGAGAUGGUGGUGAUUAGCCAGGAACAGCCCAAGAGGCUCUUUGUGUGGUAGGGGUUCAUGGAGGGCAACCCCAGGCUCUUCUUCCGCUGCUCCACGAGUAGACCAAGAGCGGAAGUCUAGCCUCUCUUCCUCUGCCCUCAGGAGAGCAACACACAGGCCCUCCAGCAGCAGCUCCUGGACAAGCAGUUUGCCCUCCUGCAGUGCGCCACAAGGGAAGCUGAGCAGAUGGUGCAGGAUGCCCUGAACCGAAUCGAGGACCCCACACAUGUCAGCUGCACGAGCUCCGCAGGUCAGCCAAGCAGGCCUGGGGCCCCUCACCCCCUUCCUUCAGCAGAGAUUUCCGUGGUCAGAGCCCGCUUGCAACCAAAGCUUGCUUCUGACCCUCAUGCUUCCAGGGGACACCUUAGACUUGCUCAGCAACUUGCAACUGUGGGCAGUUCCUGCUGAAGUUGGAGAAGCCAUGGCUUCAGUUACCAGAGACAGAAUAAUUUCUAGUCACUCUGCACCUCCCUUCAAUCAAUCAGUCAUUAAACUAUGGAACUCCCUCCUACGGGAGGCAGUGAUGGCCACCAGUUUAGAGUACUUUAAAAGAUGAUUAGACAAAUUCAAGGAGGAGAAGGAGAGGGCCAUUGAUGGCUAUUAGGCAUACUGGCUAUGAUCUGCCUGCCCAGUUGGAGGCAGUUAUUCUUCUGAAUACCAGGUGCUGGAAACCACAAGAGUGGUUGCUUUUGUGCUCAAAUCCUGCUUGUGAGUUUCCCAAUAGAAGCAUCUUGUUGGCCACUGUGAGAACAGGAUGCUGGACUAGAUGGGCCCACUUUGGUCUUACCCAGCAGACUCUUCUUAAGUUCUUUAUUUCUUUUUUUUGGGGGGGGGAUAAUAAUUUAAAGGCAGGUUAUAAACUAAAAUGAAUUCUGAAAAGGAGAAGCCCAGGCCAAGGAGGAAGUCAAAACAACCCUCAUUGCUGGGUUGUACAUAAUCAGCUUUUAAGGCCUUCUUCCAGUUGCACUUCCUAAUAGAGUUGUACUCAAUGCUUCCUUUAUUUUGUGUGCUGUGUAGAUUACCUUCUAUCCAGGACCUCUGCGGCAUCCGAGUGUGUAGAGCGGCUGCAGGAGGCAUGCACCCAGUACCUCUCCAACCAGUCAGGUAAGAAACUUGGAGCUGUUUCCAGCUGCCCAGGCAACAGACCCCAUGUAGGACAAGCAGCAUGGAAGUGGGACACCCUGAGAGCCACCCCCCUCAUGUCAGCAGCUGCACCCAUUUGUCAGUGGCAUUUUCUUUUCCACUCUGCUUUGGAAAAGUAAAAGGUGGGCAUUGUGGCAGAAGCACUUGGCGGUAUUUCUCUUAGAAGAUCUCAAUGAGCCUGGGAGGAUCACCUGUGCUUGGUCUCAUGUGUUCUCUUCUCCCUUCCUAGAUGUGAGCAGCUUGUUGUCACACGUGGCUCUCUUUGGCCACCUGGUUGGCGACACCAUCGUCCAGGCAAGCGCCACUUCACACAUGGCCCCCAUGGAGGCUGCAGACAGUGAGUACCUGCCUCUGGCCAGGAAAAGGGUAGGACAGAAACAGGUGCCUUCCUAGGUCAUGCAGGGCCUGAGUGGAGCCUUUUCCCUUUGCAUGUUUCCAGUGCUGUUGGAAGCCUGCAGGCAGUGUGGCAGUGAGGCCUUGUGCUACUUGGGCACCCUGAAGGACAAAGCCUCUUUGGAGAGUGCCAACUGCGCAGCCGUCAGGAACUGUCUUGGGCGGAUCACUGCCAUUGGAGAGGUGAGUUGCUGUAUGGUUUGGGGAAGGCAAAAGGUUUGUUUGUUUGUUUGUUUGUUUGUUUGUUUGUUUCUUUGUUUGUUGCAUUUGUAAUCCCACCUUUUUGUCAAGGUGUGGUUCUCUCCCUUAUCCUCACAACAACCUGUGAGUUGGGUUAGGCUGGGAGACUGAGUUACCCCCAACAUCACCCAUUGAGCUUUGUGGCCAAGCAGGGAUUUGAACCCUGGUCUCCCAGGUUCUAGCCCCAACACUCUUAAGCACUACAGCACAUUGGCUGCCAUUGGUUGGGGUUGCAAGCCCAGAGUGGAUCUCCUCCAAGGAACCUUUUCCUGCAUUGCAUGGGGUUGAACUAGUUGACCCUUGGGGUCCCUUCCAACUCUGCUCAGUGAGUCCAUGUUGCUGGCUCCUCCCAAAGUAUAGAACCAGGAUAGUGGUGGGGAACCUCUACCCCACAGGCCUCUGUAGGCCUGUCAGACCUCCUCAUUUGUCCAGGCCAAGCCACACCCACCUGCCCACAUUGUGCAGGGCAGGGAAAGAUGCUGCUGGCCUCAAAAGGGGAUUGCAGGGAUCAACUGACCAUCCACGCAGGCAAAAGCAGUUCAUGUGAUGCCGCUGGUACCAGGCGACAGAAUGCGGUUGACAGCGACAAAUGGAAGGAUCCUGUUCCCUACACCUAGUGAGCUCCUCUGAAGAUGAAGUUGAUAUGAGGCAGUGGGGGAUACAAGAGAAGGCAGCAACUUUGUAGGUCACCCUCUGCUCUGUUGCAGGACCUGCGCCCCAAGGGCCUGGACAUCAAGCAGGAGGAACUCGGGGAUUUGGUGGACAAGGAGUUGGCAGCCACAGCAGCAGCAAUUGAGAUGGCAGCUUCCAGAAUUGAGGUGAGAUGAGAGAGAGGAGGAUCGGCUUCCUGUUUGCCCAGUGGGAUUCCUUCAAAAAGAAGGAGGAAUAAUGUUUUCUUUUUCAGGGCAGGGGAUUAGAUUUCAGUUCCAGUUCCGUGCCAUGCUAGGGGUGGCUGGUUCUCAGCUUUGCUGUAUAAGUGACAGUGGGCUAACGCUGUUCAUCCUGUAGCUCUGACACCCACCCCACUCUCUCCCCACCACCCUUGUCAACACAGGAGAUGCUGAGCAAGUCACGGGCGGGAGACACUGGAGCCAAGCUUGAGGUCAACGAGAGGUUGGUAUGGAAGCCUGGCACCAGCUGCCUUUCCCUCCUUCCUGCCUGGAUUUUUUUCUGGGCACCAUUGGCACACCUCUUCCUCCCCACCCCACUCCGACACACCGUUUUCAGGACAGCAUGCUUAGAGCAGCCGUGGCCAAGCUGGCACCUUCCAGCUGUUUUGAACUACAACUCCCAUCAGUCCCAGCCACUACAGCUGCCUGGUGGCACCAGGUUGGUGAAGGCUGUCUGUCCUCAAAAGAAAGGGUUAGUCUGCUAUCAUCUCGGAGCCAGAGAAGGGUGCCUGCUCAUUCCUUGACUGCUGUGCUUCCUCUACCUGGCAAGUGGUUUUUGCUCAACAAUGUGGGGAGGGGGCCUCUGGGACUUUUACAGUGGAGCCCAUAUGCUUUGGAUGUAAGCAGACACUGCACAGCCAACCCUUUGUGAUUUACAGGAUUCUGGGCUCCUGCACAGGCUUAAUGCAGGCCAUCCAGGUUCUGGUCAAGGCUUCCAAGGACCUCCAGCGGGAGAUUGUGGAGAGUGGAAGGGUGAGUCAGCAGUGUCAGCCUUGCAAGCUGGGAAUGUGGGCUUCUCACUCAGCAUGCCUUCUUGUCACUGCUGUGCCCCAGAUGCUGUCAGUCUGUGGUGUUGUUUACAUAAAACAUACUCCUCUCCUUGAUUAUAGGUGGGGCAGGAAAGUGCCAUUGUUCCAGUGUGCUCCUGAGUUGUUGAAGGGGUGUGUUGUGUUCAUGCUAAUAGCACUCCAAUCCCUUGGGCAGCUGGAUGGACGAUGAUAAAAUGAGAUGGCUUUCUGGGACCUAGCUGCAGCCUCUCGCUAUCUUACGUGCCUCUCUUCCAAGUGUUAAUAGGGGCCUAGGAGACAGAUGGAUUUUUAGCUCUUAAAUAGGAUGCUGGAAUGGUGGGUGAUAGGGGACCCCCACACAGGGGUUCUGUUUUCUCAUUGCUAUCAAUGUAUGUGGAGUUAACAAAGGAGUAUGAGCAUCGGCCCACAUGAACACAAUUCACACUACUGGGCAAGUUAAACUAAUUUGCUUUAUUUAGAGUACUGUGUUGUAAUUAUUAGAUCAAGCCUCUCAAAGCAGUAUACAUAAAAUUUUGAAAACACCAGUCUUUCAAAGGUGCAAUGCUGGAUAAAUAGGGUUGCAUAGCAAAAAAAACAGAACUAAAACUCAGAUGAAAUGGGACAGGUGUGGCAAGUGGAGCAUAGCUGGGCAUCCCAUGGUCACUCUUACAGAGGGUACAUGCAGCUCCCACCUUGCCAAUGAAACAGUUUUUUGACAUCAGUCAGGGUGCAGGUCCAGAUGCUACAUCACUUGGUAACUCGUUAGAAGGAGAGUUCAUAACUCACAUAUAUUCUUGCCUGUUCAUUCUGAGGGAAUGUUUGUGUCCAGAGUUCCCUUUGGGAUCAAGAUACCCUUUUCAGAGCCUUUUACCUAACCUCAGAACAUAGGCAAGAGAGAGAGGAGGGAGGGAGAAGAGUAAAACAGAAAGCUGGUUGUUUGUUCUCCAGUGAACACCACCAGGUUCUGGAAAAUCUAAAGGUGGUCUGUAUGGUGGCUCUUACCUCUCUGCACACCCCAGGAAAGGCUGUGGCUUAGUGGUGGAGCACCUGAUUUGCAUGCACAAGAUCCUGAAUUCACAUGCAGAGCUGGGAAAGACUCCCUGCCUGGAAGCCCUGGCUAGCUGAAGGCUGGUAAGGGCAGGCAAUACUGAGCAAGGUGCACCAAGGGUUAACCUGGUAUAAGGCAGCUGCCACUCCACUUUCAGGCUGAAGCUCACAGAGCUUCUGGUGGCAAUUGAGAGAGACAGAAUGAACUAUUCUUCAGCUAUUCCUGGCAAUGCUUAGAUCUCACUCCUCUUCUCAUCUAGGGAGCAGCAUCCCCCAAGGAGUUUUACGCCAGAAAUUCCCGGUGGACGGAGGGGCUGAUUUCUGCCUCCAAGGCUGUUGGCUGGGGAGCAACUGUGCUGGUGUAAGUGUUUGGGGGAGAAAAGGCAGCAGACACCCCUGGGGUUACUUCAUAGCCUACUGUUGGCCUGCGAGCUAGGCAGUGCUGCGAUGAGGGGCUGCAGCUUGUAGCCCUGGAAUGUGAGGGGUGGCGCUCUAACAUCCCUUUCGCAUCUUUCCCUAGAGAUGCUGCUGACCUCGUGGUUCAAGGCAAGGGGAAGUUUGAGGAGCUCAUGGUCUGCUCGCAUGAAAUUGCAGCAAGCACAGCCCAACUAGUUGCUGCAUCAAAGGUAGGGACUGCCUUGUGAUACCUCCUUAGAACCAUAGAGUUGGAAGAGGUCCAAAGGGUCAUCUAGUCCAACCCCCUGCUGCAGGAAUGUUGAGCUGAGUCCCCGAGCAAGUAGCCAACAGCCAGUCAUACAAGGAAUGAAUAGGCUUAAUAGGCUUUCCUGGGCAGUCAGGAUGCCAACAGCCGUUUGACUGGCAGUGUCCUGCUCCAUUUGCCACCAGCGCUUUCUUUCUCAUCUGCUGUCAGUGGCAAAGCAACUGAGCCAGUAGGACCCAUUUGUGGCGUGGUGAUGUUUCCUCACCAAAAUGAUCCAUGGCUUCCUUCCAUCUUAAGUACAGCUGCAGCUGGAACCCCAUCACAAAUCAAUUGUUAAAGCUUCCCGCUUUGGGUGCUCCUCCUGCAUAGACAAUCAUCCAAAGGCUUUUCUGGAAAAGCCAGUUUAAUGUCUCAGGAUCCCACUUCCAUAAGAGUUUCUAAAAGUGGGGAGAAGAAACCAGUAGGGGGCUUUGGGUGGGCAAGAGUGCAUUUCAUGAGUGUUUUGCUCCUGAGGAUAUAGUCUAGGACCACCCAUGGUGCCUGGUGUUUGAGCUUUUCUUCUAGGAUGGCAUAGAGUUGCGCUGGGGGCCUUUGCUUGCUCUCUUCCCAACCAGCAGGGGAUCUGCCCUUUCUUUUUUGUAACAUCUGGAGCAGCACGUUGCAGAUCACUUGCUUUGUCCACCACAUGUGGCACGUAGAAUCUUUUUCUCCCACCUGCAAAGAAGCCACUGAUUCUCCUCUUUGAUCUGCCAGGUGAAAGCAGAUAAAGACAGCGCAAACCUCAGCAAGCUCCAGACCGCCUCCCGGGGAGUCAACCAGGCGACAGCCAGGGUGGUGGCUACCACCAAGUCAGGAAUGUCGCAAAUUCAGGAGACAGGUCAGUUUCUGAAACUGAAGUUGGAGAUCCCUUUUCCCUCCUGUUGUUGUUGUUUAGUCGUGUCCGAUUCUUCAUGACCCCAUGGACCAGAGCACGCCAGGCACUCCUGUCUUCCACUGCCUCCCGCAAUUUGGUCAAACUCAUGCUGGUAGCUUCGAGAACACUGUCCAACCAUCUCGUCCUCUGUCGUCCCCUUCUCCUUGUGCCCUCAAUCUUUCCCAACAUCAGGGUCUUUUCCAGGGAGUCUUCUCUUAUGAGGUGGCCAAAGUAUUGGAGCCUCAGCUUCAGGAUCUGUCCUUCCUGUGAGCAGUCAGGGCUGAUUUCCUUAAGAAUGGAUAGGUUUGAUCUUCUUGCAGUCCAUGGGACUCUCAAGAGUCUCCUCCAGCACCAUAAUUCAAAAGCAUCAAUUCUUCGGCGAUCAGCAUUCUUUAUGGUCCAGCUCUCGCUUCCAUACAUCACUAUUGGGAAAACCAUAGCUUUAACUAUACAGACCUUUGUUGGCAAGGUGAUGUCUCUGCUUUUUAAGAUGCUUCUAGGUAGGCACCUCCUGUAGGCACCUGUUUCUCUAAGACAGAGGGGUAGCUGUCUCUGUUUUUCAUUCAGUUCAGUUACAGCCUCUCUUUCUUUUUUGACUUAUUCAUCUGGCUGCUUGAGUCCCACAGGAAGCACAGCUGGGCUCACCAGAUGCCAGGCAGUUCUCAGCACAAUGUGGGAAGGGAUGAGUCCUGCACUUCCAUGCUACCAUUAAUGAGAGUAAACUUAUGUGUUCUCCCCCUGCAGACAGCAUGGACUUCUCCGCCAUAACGCUAACACAGAUCAAGCGUCAAGAAAUGGAUUCCCAGGUAUUUGGGGGAGGGAGGGAGAAAAGAGAGUAAAGAAUGCCAAGCAGAGCAGAAGGGGGAUGCAUUGCAGCCUGGUCACUUGCACUCCAGAAGCCUUUCUCCUCCCUCCUAGGUGCGAGUCCUGGAGCUGGAGAACCAGUUGCAGAAAGAACGCCAGCGCCUGGGAGAGCUGCGGAAGAAGCACUACGAACUGGCAGGGGUGGCUGAGGGCUGGGAUGAGAAUGGUGAGUCUGGUGGCCUGUUGGCUUCUAUGCUGGCCUUUGGGCCACAGCAGGUUCUGGGUUUGCUGGCCUAGCCACAAUUCUCCCAACUUGGGCCUGUAGCCUCCUUCCUGCUAAGACACUGAGGACCAGCAAAGGGAAAGGAACCACAGUUGAAGGCCCUUUCAUCUCAAUUCCCAACACCUUGAGUUAGUGCUGCAACCACAGAAAGGGCAAAAUUACAUUUGUGGAGCACCCCUGCCAAAAAUAAUAAUAAUCUUGGGUCAAGGAAAGCCUUACCUUAUAGCAGUGGUAAGGAAAUAGCCCACCCUCCUCUGAUAGGCCACAUUUGGAAGGUAAGCGGAGCUGCCUACCUGUCAAUCACCUACCACCAGGUGUCAAACAUCAAAGGAAGAAAUGGAAGCAUGCUCUUGAGUGAGCUCCCAAUUAUUUUGUUGUUCCUUCCUUUGCAACCCCAGCUGGAGCCAUAGCUGAGGUUUGAAUCCAAACUGUGCUUGAAAGAUUUAUUCCAAAAGCAGGUUAGUUAUGGGUUGUAUUCACACACAUACACCAAUACCUUGACUUCCCUAGUUGCCUAUACCUGACAAAGAGCUUUCUCUCUCUCUCUCUCUCUCUCUCUCUCUCUGCCCAGGUGCUAAUCUAGCCCCCUGA